AUGGGAGCUAAGAAGAAGAUUUUGAGCAAACUGGAAGUGACACUUAUUGUGCUACUCGUGUUAACGAUAUGUGUAGCAGGUGGACUUGUAGCGGUAAUAUUUAUAGUGAAAAAUAACGACAAUUUCAAUAACGGUAUGUUCUAUUAAAUUCAUUGAUCAUUUAAGUCAAUGCAAAUAUAUUCUUGUCAAUAUUGAUAUUUCAAUAGAAAUGUGUAUAGGUGCUAGAACAGAAACGAUUACAUCUGGACAAAACUGAAAAGUGCAUUUUGAUGACAGCCUGAAGGGGAUUAAGAGGUCAGAGCCAAAUGCUGUGGUGUUUCCUGAGGCCCACAAUGCUGCUAAUUCCUAAACAGUUAAGUUAGGGUGUGAUUGAAACUGCUUUAGGUUUGGAAUUCAGGUAUGAUGGGCAUUUCAGGAAGGAGGGGAAUGCCUUGAAUUAAGUGGUGAUAUGGGGGCUAACACAAACUGACAAAAUCCAAAACAGGAUCCUUGGAGUCACACAUGGUAUAUGCAUUGAGGGCUACUGGUCAGGUCUAUUACAUGCUAUCUAUUAGUUCAAUAGAUAAGCAGGUGACAGAUCAUUGACACAAGAGCAGAUGAAUAAUCAAAGGAAGUUGUAUUGUGCAAAAGACAAAAUUCUUAUCAUGCAGGACCAGCUCAUUGGCUAAGAUUGUCACCUGAUUGCUUUUAGCAAAAGAGCUAAGGCCUACACCACUGGGUUUAGCUCCGGCAUAGAGAGUCAAACCAUUAGAAAACAUUUGUUUACUUAUAUGGGGAGAAACUCUAGGGCACUCCUGGCCCCAUAACGACUACAACCGGUUCUAGUUAUAACAAUGUUUGAAUUGUUCCUUUUACAAUUCAUUGUCAAAGUAUGGAUUUUUUCUGGGCUUCCAAGAACUUGUUUAGCAUUUAGUUUACAUUGAAAUGCAUUUAGAAUAUAUAUCUUUUCUGACUCUAAAUAUUAAGAUGGUAAUAUGGUAAACUGUGUUCAUAUGGUGAAUACCAUGGCUGAACUACAGAACAUAUCAACUAUACAUUUGCAUAACCAUUGUUCAGGUUACCCGCUUCUUUAUCUGUUUUCCUUUAUUUUUAAAUAUUUAGUGAAAAACAAAAUCACUUAAUUUUCAUAUGACAGGGGUAGGCAACCUUUGGAACUCCAGAUUCAUAUAAUGCUGGCCACAUCCAUAACAUCUGGAGAGCCGAAUGUUGCAUUAGAAAGUUAUAUGUUGGGCCAAAUUUUUCCUUUGUUUUUUUUAAAUGAUUUGAAUACUGACUGGAUUUGAAAAAUGAAAGUGAAGUCAGAUCUAGAAAAGACGUCCAUGGACAGUUUGAUCUGAAGGAGGUUUUAAGAAUUAGAUGUGCCAGUCUAGCAAUAACAGCUGGAGGCCUACAAUGUGUGUCUACUGUUGGCCAUUCUCGGAUUGCUACUUUGAAAUGUGUGAACAGAUACAGACUCUUGCAGUAGAAGACAUAAAUUCAGGAUAUUAGAGUUAACCACCACACCCCUAUGGACAGAGACUGGCUCUGCUUGUGGAUACUUUUCCAAGCAGGGUAGCCAUGCCUUAUGGCACCAAUAUGCUGUAGGUAUCAAACAGAGUGACAUCUGUCACUCAAUUUCUCUAUUACCUCUAAGCAUGAUAAACUCCUAUUGGGAGGAAAAUCUGUGACAUGGAACAGGAGAACCCCCUGAAGGAAGGUUUUACUGCUCUCCUUUUGUCGUUUAAUCUGAGAUGAGGUUUGUGCCGAGAGUUAGAGAUAGAUGAGGGAGCGGUCAAACAUAAUACCAUAACCUUGUCUGUUUGUUGAGGGUUAUGGGGCUAAAGGACUCUGCACGUGCAGCUUUUCUUUUUGAAUAUAAUACAAAUAUUUUAUAAUGUAUUUGCCUGUCCGCUUGCACAGCCUUUACAACUGCAGGUGCACUAUGUAGGCUGCCUGUGCUGCGUUGGGUUGAUCAGUCGAUAGCUGCUCUGUGAAAAGCAUUUGAUUGGUCAUUGCCCAGCACACGCAAAAACGCUUUAGAGCAAAAAAGUGUAUAUUUUUUCUGUAAAUGCAUUAUUCAUAACUAUAACUAUACAUUUGCUACUAUUUUUGCAAGCGCAAUGUGUAGAUUAAUGUUUUUCAAUUUGAAGGUAAUUUGUAUGUACCAUGCCAGUUGAGAGGAAUAAUAUAUUUGAUAUUGUGCAAAGUUUAGUUUGUAACAAAACCAAGUAUUUUUGUAAUCCUCUCAUUUUACAGCUGCACCAACAACUACUACAACACCAACAACUACUACAACAACAACAACAACAACUACUACAGCAACCACAACCUCAACAGCAACUACCACAACUACAGCAACAACCACCACAACCCCAGACCCUCACCCUGAUGCCUACCGUAUUGGUGUUGGGAGGGCGGAUUGCACUGGUCUGUUGGCAGAUGUUCCCUUGGUUAGUACAUUUUGCAUGUAUUUGUAUAUAGUUUUAUGCAUGUAUGUAUUUUUGCAAUUCUUGUGUGUAGAUAUAAAUGCCCUAGCAAGAUAAAAAUAAAUAAAUAUUAUUAUUAGUAAAAUAAAACAUUUUAAUAAUCCUUAUCUGUUAAACCAUUUGACUGUGUCUGUUUGAUAGGACAAAGCCCCUUGGGAUAUGGAUAGAGUGAAAUGUAGUGGUGAGGAUUUAAUUGCCAAAUAUCAAAACAUGAAUAUAAUUUUAUUCAGCAAUACACACAUCUAGCAUACAAAGACUGAUAACAUUCUAAUCACUCCUAGCUCAGUGAAUGCUGGAACAGCCUGUAAAUGACCCCAUGAAUGCUUCUGUGUUUCUGUCAAAAUUAUGUUGCCUCAUGUGAAGGGAGAAGAACUGGAUUACAAAGAUAAUAUUUGGGGUCUAAAAAUUCCCACAAUGACCUUUAUCCACUUCCAAAAGUGCAUUCAAUGGGGACAUAAGUGUCAGAACUGGACAUUGGAGCAAUGGCAGAAGGUUGUCUGGGUUGAUGAAUUACAUUCUCUUUUAGAUCAUUUGAAUGGCUGGGUGUGUGUGCACUGUUUACCUGGGGAAGUGUGCACUGUUUACACUGUUUACCUGGGGAAGAGAUAGCAGCACUUUGGGAAGUGCAACUUUGGGUUGUUACUUUGAAGUUCAAUGAGCCAUGGGGGUGGUCGGUGUUCUGUCGAUCCAACUACCGAAUGCAGGAAAAAAUGAACUGGGCCAGAGAAAUACACUUUGUCACAAUUGGUACUGAAAAAAAUAUAUGUACAGAAUUUCUCCAAAUUUUUACUAAAUUUUGCAGUUUUCUUAUCAAUGCCCCAUAAUUCCUGGUUUAGUAAAUAACCUUUUUAGAAUGUGAAAAUAAAUUCAUAUACCUUUCUUUGAUUACUUAUUUUAUUUAUUUACUUUCAAAAAAGCAGGUUUAUUGUUAAAAUGCACCAACAACAAAUUCUCAAAACCCCCAAAAAAGAAAAGGAUAUAUUCCAAUGAGCUGAUUUUUUUCACUCUUUUUUGUUUUUUUUCUUCUUCUGUGUUUACUAUAAUUUUUUUCCAUGCAAUGGGUUGAUAAAUACUAUCUAGUUAUCAGACAGACUUUUCCACUCAGAUACUUAUUUAUAUCUAGGAUUCAUAGAUAGCGAUUACAGAAACUUUAAACUGUCUUACGCAGUUAGAUCAGCUAGCUGUAGCAUCAUUUAUAUCUUCGUCUGACAGGUAUAUUCUACCAUUGCUGAUCCCUUGAUCAUUUAGAACAUGUGGAGAAGUGGGCAGAACUGUGCAACCACACAAUAAAAUGUAGAUUUAUACUUCUGGAAAAUCCCAGCUAAUUAGUGAUUCUCUAACAUCUGACAAGGGGUUGAACAUAACUCCUAUCUUAUCAUUGUUGAUCCUUUAAUAUAUUGUAAAACGUGUCACAUUCAAAGAUGUGUUAUUAUCGAAGGUCAAUCUAUCAAUCUAAGAUAUCAAUAGUCGUGUACUGUAUGUGAUAACAUGUUUUGCAAUAAAAGGAACUGCUGUCAAGGUUCACAGCACAAAUGAAUAAAGCAGUUGGAACACAGGAUGCACAGAGAAUUUGAAAGGGGAACUAACACCGAGGAGUGCACUACAGGUUAUUAAAAACACGCUCCCCAAGCACUUCUGGGUAUGGGUGCAUAUAUAUUCCCAUAGGAGCUCUGCACCUUCUUCCGAUAAUCCUGUUGAGCAAACAUCCUUGGCAAAGACAGUACAUGUAUGUCUAUGGCUAUUAUGAAUAUUAUAAUAUAUAAACCGUGUUACACUGGUUACAGUGCUUGUUUCUACUUUAUUUGCUUUCAUUGAGUAAAAAGAAAUCAGUAUAAGUUUGGUUUACUAGAAAAUGUUUUCUGUUUCACAGUUUUUUUGGUCUUAAAUUCACUAUAUGAUGGUUUUGUUAAUGUGUUCACGAAUCUCAUUCAGAUGGAUUGUGACUACUUAAGGAUAUACUCUAGCACCAUAACUACUAUAACAUGCGGUAUUUGUUGUGGUUUAAAUACUCCCCUGGCACUAUCCCAUGGUAUGCUGUCAAAUUCACACUCUCACUUAGUGACUGAUGUCUAAAGUUACAUUUAAUAUACAAUUUGACAACUUACUUUGGUAUGGCCCCAGUGGACUCCAAAAUAUUUCCUUUUUCAACAAACAGAUGGUAAUGGUAAAAGUGUUUUGUCAAAAAGUAUCAGAAUGUUGAAAUUGUGAUCACUUCACACCGGUAAUGGCUAAUCGACAACAAGGGUAAGCAUAGUCUGAUGUACAUGUCCCAGGCUCAGAUAGAGGCCCAGUGUUCUCCGUCUGGGCCUGGAGCUCAGUGAAGGAGCCCUCCUUAAGCAGACAGAGAGAUUCAAUGAAAAAUAGUUUUAACCACAUAACAAUGUUAGGACGUCAGUAUAUCCUAUCUACACUGGGUUUUAACAAUGUUAGGAAGUAUUAACAUGUCCUAACAUUUUGCUGUGAAAUACCUGCUCACACCCAGUAUCCCAGACUGGCCAACUGGGAUAUCAGGAAAUUUUCCAGUGGGCUGUGGCACCUUGGGCCAGGCAGUGCAGCAGAUUACAUAAAACAUUUUAUAUUAUUUUAUUUUUCCCUCCCUCGGACUGUUGGGUGCUGAUACAGCCUACUACCUGGACACAUUGAGACUGCGAACGGCCAGUACACUGGCUAAGGGAGGAGCAGUGGGCAUUCAAAUGCCUUUUUCUGCAAAGCAGGGUGUGCAGGGUAUAAGUUCUGGUCACACCAGGAAGCCCCAGGUCUCCCCUCUGUCAGCUAGAGUUCUAUUUUGUGGCCCCAGGCUGAACAAUGAACUGUAUCCAGUACUCAAAGACCUAAUGUAAGCGUAGGGUUUGAGGUAUUUAUGGUAUAGGGUUAACGUUGGCUACCAAAAAUGUAUUUACAUCCUACAUACAUCAAACAUUUAACAAUCAGAAAAAAUCUGUGAAUGUGUAUUGAUCUUUUUUUAUUUAGUUGCACUAAAUGCAUGAAAAUGACAUCUUUCCAAUGUGUUUAUGACAUUCCACCAUCUUGUUUUUUUUGUACAAUGCAAAAUGUCAAAGUGUAACAGCCACAGACACCACAUAUAUAGUGCUUUAUCACGACACAGGUUCCACAAAAAUUAUUAUAAUGUAGCAUUACAUUACCAUUUUGUAAUAGACAUGCUAUUUAAAAAUCUGAUUAAUAAUUAUUUUAAAAUAAAAUUUAAAUAAAUGAAAUGGUUAUAUUCUUUCUGUCUUGUUCUAGAUGGGUUACGCAAGUAGUGACCAGAUUGCGGGAGGAAUUCACACCCGUCUCUACAGUCGAGCCUUUAUAAUAGCAGAACCUGAUGACUCGAAACGAGUGGUGUUUGUGAGUGCUGACAUUGGAAUGGUGUCACAGAGAGUGAGAUUAGAGGUUGGUAUUCUAAAAAUUCAUAGCUUUUUCACAAAAUUGAAUAACUAUCUAGUUUAUAUUUGUCAAUCAAGGAUAUUAUGGAGCUGGGGCACCAUCAUUUGAAAUUGUUCUAAAAUCUGGAUCUGGGUGCCUCCAUCUUGGCUCUCAAUCAUUGUGAUAAGCUGUGUCCAUAUUAAGUAAAGGUUGAGAAGCAGAAACAAUGUUUUUAUUUGCUCUUGCCAACAUAAGACUUUUUGGGACCUAGCUCUAGUUUGUCUGAGAAUAUAGUGGAUUUUAGAUUGCAAGUAUCAGUGUGGUCAAGGUGUUUGGGUCUGCUUUUCCCCCGUAAAUAUUAUAAAUAAUGCAAGUAGGAGGGUAGGGGUGAUUCAGUUCGAUAUUGUACAAAUUGUUUUAAUAUCUGGAUCUAGGUGUUUGUCUGAGAAUAUAUGGGGUUGUAGAUUGCAAGUAUCAUUGUGGUCAAGGCAUUUCUGUCUUUUUCCUUUUUUUUCGUAAAUAUUAUAAAUAAUGCAAGUUGGAGGGUAGGGGUGAUUCAGUUCGAUAUUGUACAACUUGUUAUAGUAAUAUCUAAAGACACCAACAAUAUGGUGGGUAGGAUGAAAGGAUUGGCCUAAUGUUGAACAUAAGGAGGGAAUAAAAAUGUGUUGGAAUUUUGCUUCAAUAGCUCUAGGAAGUAGUUAUACUUUUAUUAGUAUAUUUUAAAAAAAAAUCAGUCUGGUUUGAUCACAGGAUUUCAGUAUUCUUAUAUAAAGUUUAGAGAACAAUGUGUUUCUUUUAAGAAUACGUUUGUGUAGUUGAGUUUAAAUCUCUCUUGUGGAGUGUUUCAAAAUGGGGGAUUUCCGACUCUAGAAGAGAAACCGAUCCUAACGUUGUUUGUUACGGGCCUGUCCGAAAAAAAAUACUUCCCAGAAUACAGAGAAACCUACAUUGGGGGAAGCAUCACCAUUGGAGAAAUUCUAAAGUAACUGUGAGGUUUAUGCUGCGAAAGUAGUAUCUGAGGAUAGAGUACUUUACAAAGGACCUUGCACUAAUGGUGCUGCAGAAAACUAAGGGAAGUGAUAAAUUUGAUCCCUUUUUAUCUUUUUCCUUUUUCUUUCUUUUCUUUUCUCUUGUUGUUGUCAUCUCUCUCUCUUUCUCCUGUCCUUUUUUUACUUAUUUCAACCCCUUCCUCUCCAUCUAUCCUCGCUGUCCUUUAUUGAGAUUAGGCAGUUAAAAAUAAAAACAGCAGGAAAAAAGCAAUUCAGAAACAAUCUAUUUACCGGGAACAAGAGGGUGGGGAAAAUGACAUCUGCCUAUGGUUUAUACUGUAGUUCUGUCCCCAAUGCUUGAGGAACUCUGCUUGAGAAACUGUCCAAGUACUUCAAUGCAGGCUGACCUGCUUUUUGUUUGGACUGUAGCCAUGACAAAGCCACUUUUAUAGCGGUGAUAUCUAGUGAGAAGUCCUACAUGCACCCAAGUGGCGGUCCAUGGCCAGUGGUCAUAAAUCAGGCCGCGACCUCUGGAUGUGGCAGGGGAGAAAAGAUCUGCCUCUAAGGACAGCAACUGCAGUUGCAGAUUAAAAGCCUCAAAUUAUCUAGUGCUGCUUCCCCAAUGUAUGUUGCAAGAACAAACAUUUAAGUAGAUAAUAAUGAAAAAAGUACUCACAAUGCAUUGGAUGUGUAAAUAUAUAGAUGAUCUGGUGCAAAAAAACUAUGUUCCAACAAAAAUCUAGAUUAAUGAAAAAUGAGGAAUAUAUUGCACUCUUGAGGCUCUCAAGACCGGAGGAUAAAUUCACAAGGAAAUUGCAAACUCUGGCCCAAACGUAGCAAAGUCUCAACUUCCUAGUUUGAAAAUGAACCCUAUUGUUUAUAUUUUUCUAUUUUAUCAAAUUUAAUAAACGAGUCUCCCUGAACCAUGACAGUCACAGGAAGUACAGAAGGGCAAUUAAAGGUUUUUUGGAAAACACAUGUAUACCUUAUACCGGUUACUACUUCUCUGAACAAGCAGUGUGUAAUAUUUUAUUCAUUAAAUAACAUUCUAAGUUAAAAAGAAAACACUACAUUGGUUAUUUCUUAAAUUAGGAAUUCGGGAGAAUUAACAAAGGACUUGCAAAUUGUAGAUGUGUGCUUUAAAUUUCUCUUGUCUUUUAAAAAAAAAAAAAAAUACAAAAUGUGUUUACCACCAUGUACAAUAAUGUAUUAGAUUGUUUUUUGUUUCAUUACUUUUUUAUUUUUUUAUUUUUACUAUACCAAGGUGAUAAAUGAAUUGAAAACCAGAUAUGGUAAUGCCUACAGACAAGACAACGUUAUUCUCAGUGGAACGCACACACACUCUGGUCCUGGUGGCUAUUUCCAGUACACUAUCUUCAUGCUGACAAGCAAAGGCUUUAGCAGACACGCUACUGACGCCAUAGUCAAUGGAAUAGUGAAGGUAUGUGAAUUAUAUGCAAGUUUAAUAACAAGCGAGAUGACUCACUUUCUUGAGUAUUGACACAAUCAGGCACACACGCACAUGAAAAAUCUGCAAAUGUUAUGAAGUUUAGUAAACAAUGUAACUCAUCCUUUAAUUUGCCAGCAUUUACAGUGCAAAUAAGAAUGUUUCCUAAAAAUGGCAAAAGCGGUGUUUAUUGUGUCUAUUUUUAGUCCAAACUAUGACCAUUUAUAUGGAGAAAAAUGUUAACAGAUCAUUUUUUUUGUUGUUUUUAUUUUUAAAUUUGGAGAAAUGAGAGAUCAUAAUGACAACGAAUAGUAUUGUCUCAGAGUGAUUCUGAUGAUCCUCUGUCAGCAUGGAAUGUCAUACUUAUUCACAAUCCGCAUUUACACAUAUCUCGGCCAAUACUAAAUUGGAAUGUCAGGGUAAUGGACUUUGUACCAUAUUGUUCUCUUGUUAUAAUCCGUCAUAAGUCCUUAAAGGGUUAUAGAAUACAAACCGUUAUAUGUUUACACAUUUUUUAAUUAAUCUACACCAUUUAGACAUUGUUUGUGCAUUCUUGGAGAGUACACUGCAAUAAAACAAUAUUCUGUUGUUGCAGAAUUCACCCGAUGGCCAAAAGUAUUACUGGACAAUCUGGGGAUUUAUACUUUUAAAGUAAACAAAUGUUAUAAAUAUUUGUGAUGUGAUCUAACGAAUUAAAAUUUUGCGUUGCUUCUUUUGUUUAGAGCAUUGAGAUAGCACAUGAAAACAUGAAACGGGGAAAAAUCUUUUUGAACAAAGGCAUUGUAGAAAACAGUCAUAUAAACAGAAGCCCAUCUUCUUAUCUCCACAAUCCAGAGAGUGAACGAGAAAGGUGAAGGUGUCGCAAUAAAAACCAUAACUUGCUGUUAAUGUCUCCAACAUAAAACAUUAUCUUCCUAUUUAGAGCAAUGCUUAGAGCCACCUUACUUGCGAUAGAUUGGUAUCAUUGUGAUGAUGUUUGAGAAAUUAUGCUGUGACUUUUAAGAAAUUAGCUACUAGGGUGAACUGACUUAGAUUCUGAGAUCUCUCAGAGAAAUUUUUUGCACAAGUUCACCCAACUUGGACAGGAGACACAUUGGGUCUCAUAAAAAUGGUCCUUGAAAAGUUCAUGGCAGGUUCCAGUACUACAGCCAAAGAUUGUUUACAGAUCAUUAUAAAGGUGAUCCAAUUUUACAUUUGGUUCAAGCUGAUCAGUAUCCGUUGCACAAUAUCCCACCUUUUUAUUUGAGUCCUUGGUUUUAUACCCAAAACAGAAUAUGAAAGAAAAUCAUAACAAAUGUGAAAAGUGGUUGAAUAAAGGGUAGAUGAGUCUGACGUACAAAGUAUUAAAUCUUUUUAACCCCACAUCAGAGGCAGAACACCUUCACAUGCAUUUCAGUGGUACCAGGAAUAAUUCUGAUACAUAGGCGUACAAGUCUUUAAAGACUUGAAAAAUCUAUAUCUGCUAAACUACACAACAAUGUUAUCUCAACUUCAAGAAGAGAUGAAGGCAUGGUCAGUACCACAUGUCACGUGGUAUCGAUGCAUACAUUCUACCAAAAUGAAUCUGCUACCUUGACUACUCUACUUGUUCAAGACCACACCAAUAUACAUACCGCGGACAUUCUUUGCCUCCCUUAACUCAGCAUUUGGCUGAUUUGCGUGGACGAACAGCAGGUCGAGGUUCAAGUUUGACCAACUUAUAAGGCCUAAACAAUUGGGUGGACUGGGUCUGCUGUUCUUUAGCUGACGUUGGAGUGGGUGACAGCAGAGUAGUUGAUCCCAAAGAUGAUAUGGCUGGAAGACAGAACAGGUAGAAAAUUGAUAACAACACAACCCUUAAUAGAUGCUACGUUAAAAGUAUGGUACCAGCUGUGCUUUCAAUUAUCGCGCUUCUCUAACUAUGAACCGAUGUAUCUGAUUACAGCAAAUCUGUCCUUCUCAGCCAGAACAAAUGUACAUGCCUACGACUCCCUUGGAAAAGGCCCAGGCCUCCUUUAUCAAACUCUUCGCUCAGGAGGUAAUUUGACCCGUUUGGUCAAGCUGCUUCAGGAGAGGCAACCUACUCUGCUGGAAACCUUUCAAUACCAUCAGCUCAACCAUUCUACGCUACACCCGCAACUUUUACCAUUUGAGGAGUUCUGCUAUUGAGCAACAGCUCCACUCUCUUAUAUUGCAACAUCUCCACUCUCUAUUAAUUGAUCCUCACAGGAACCCAACCAGUCUGGUUCAGAUUCAAGUCUUGCUGGAAGGCUGCUCUUCAACUAUCUUUUUCUGAAGAAGACUGGUAAAAAAUGUUGAUAGUGAUGCACCUCUAUGCUCUAAAUACCAAGAGAUCAAUUAUCAAAUAGUAAUAUUGUUUCGACACACCACAAAAAAAUUAUCAAAUUAUUCCCAGGGGCAAUAGAUCAGUGCUGGACAUGCCAAAUCGUUCCUGUAUAUUUAUGUGGACUUCCCACUUCUAUCUCCUUGUUAGAGAAGGGUGUAUGAUGUCAUGACCACGGUGGCAGGCAAGACAGUGGAAUAUAAUCAAGUGCAUAUGCUAUUAGGCUGCACUAAAUUUCCUAUCUCUAAAUAUAAGAAAACGAUUCCCAAACAACUGUUAACUGCUGCCAAAUUGCUUAUCAUUAUCCUCUUGCUGCAGAGUGGGCCAUUGCCACACCAGAGUUCGCUGGACCGUGUGGAGGAGAUGCGCUAGAUGGAGAAACAUACGGCUGUUCUCAAAGCCGGUUUGACAAAUAUUGAGGAGAUUGGAAGAACUUAGCAGUUCUAGUUAAGUACUAAUAUAUGAACAGACAGACUUUGAUCUCCGAGUGAGACAAGAAAGCUUGGCAACACCUCCCAUGUCCCUCACACCCCACCUCAUUUUCUUUUCUUCUCUCUUCCAUUCUCACUCCCCUCAUCUUCUUACACCACCUCUAUGUCUGCACUUACUCCCGUUUGCAUAAUUUUCUAGUCUCCUCCUGCCAAGAUAACUCCCCUAGUUGGGGAACCAGACUGCAUGGUUAUCUUGGCAGUUAUCUUGGAACAUCAGAGCUAACACCGUAGUGUUUCGACACUAACCUUUACUUACCGGUUCCUGUAUAUACUACCUACUUAUCGUGAUUUUACAUGUGUAUUGUAUUCUUCCUGUCAUUACUAAUUAAAUCUUGAAAACAAAGAUUGUCAUAAAAAAAAUGCCAGCUUUUUAAACAUUAUUUUUUAAUGUUUUCUUUAAUCAUCUGUAUUGUUUUUAUUUUUUUCUAUAUUUUGCUGUGAUACUUUCCUCUUUUCUCAUGAUCAUUUUGCAUGAUCUUGAGUCCGAUUUAGCCAUUAAAUGACUCAAGAUCACUCUCACUUGUACAUUCAAAGAGUGAUGUCAUCAACAGUCAUCACCCUCUCAGCAGUUGACACCCAGGAAGCAUUCACAUCUCUGCUUUGGGACAAAAAAAUGCUUCUAUUUCUGGGUGUUCAGUUCAUAUUUUCACUCUUUCUAUAUUUUUUCCCCCUAAAUAUUUCCUUCAAGGUAGCCCAUCAGCUUUUGGUAGGGCAACCGUUUGCAUGAUGUCAUGCUGUCCUCAAGGCAAUAAAACUAUUUUUUUUUAUAACUUCAUUAAAUAUCAUGCAGGUAAAUAUAUAUAGCAGUUUAUCUAUUAAAAAAAAAAAAAAAUCUUUUCCCAAGCAGCUAACAUUGAUGAAUCCUACCUAAUAAUGAAGUAACAGCAAGUCUUUUCUCUGCAGGUACCCAAACAACACAGACAAAUAUAUGACCAUAAUGAAGAUGGUAGAUAUGAACAACCAGGAUAUUGGGUUGAUCAGGUAAAAAGGAUUAUAUAUUACAAUAAACCAGAAACAGAUGUAAUAAAAUGUAAAAGUGAGAAAGAAUAUGAAAAAUGGAGGAAUACAAUUAUUCUUGAUAAAGAAGGGACAAAUACAAGAGGCACAGGGUAAACCAAUUAAAGAGAUAGAAAUGAAAGGCAAUGUUUGUGGACAGAAUGAGCAUAAUUUUGUCUUUUUUGUCAUUAUUAUAUGAUGUUAUUUAGAAUUGUGUACUAUUUACAGCUGGUUUGCCGUACACCCAGUGAGCAUGGACAAUAAAAACCACCUUAUAAGCAGUGACAACAUGGGCUACGCAUCGUAUCUUUUCGAACAAGAAAUUAAUAAAGGGUUCUUGCCUGGAGAGGUUGGUGUUUUAUAUCUUUAUAUAUUUGCGCUACAAAAUGUCUUGUUUGCUUUUUCUUAUACAAGUGUAUUAUUUGCAACUGUUUUGCAUGUAGAGAAUUGAAAGGGACGACUGAAUAUUGUUUGAAAGUUCAUGAACUGAUUGUACUUUUGAAAGAUUAAUAAGCAACAAACAUUCUAGCUACAGAAUGUAUUAGCCAUGGUUCAAAGUCCCGUAUUGAGCAUCAAAUAAAGGUCGGAGGUGAAGCUGUGCAAAGUUGAUCUAUACAGAAAAUAAUCACCGAUUUACCAGGAUGCAUACACUGAAAUAUUCUCUCAUGUUGAAAGUAUGUGUUAGGUUAUAGAUUCUAUUCUUACAUUGUGUUUUGUAAGCCAAGUCAAUUGUAUUGAACAGAGUAAUCUCACCAGUAGUCAAAGAACCACUAAAGUCAUCUGGACCAGAUUAUCCCAAAUUAAGUGGUUUGGGUGCAGUUGUACUGACUUUUUAACUCUACAAUGUAAAAUAUUUCAACUUAAUUUUCUAUUUUGUUGAAACUGGAGAGAAAUUAGGUGGAAGUAUACCAAAGCGCAAAGACUCUCGUUGAAACCCAACUGUUUCUCAGAUAUGAAUAUGUAAAUAUAUUACUAUUUGUUAAGGUAGUACAUGGGUUGUAACUUAGAGGAACGUACAUCUAUCCUUCAGAUAUGGGAACGUACCUCUUUUCAGAACAUACCUCGAUCCUCAUGCAAAUAGAAGAACAUGUAGACUAGAUUGGACAAUUGAAUUUCAUGUCUCACUGAUAUUGAUGUUCUAUGCAAAAUAAUUCUUCUGCAGGGAUCGUUUGUAGCUGCAUUUGCAUCAUCAAACCUUGGAGAUGUGACACCAAAUACCAGAGGUCCUCGUUGUAUAAAUACAGGCGAGUCAUGUGAAAACCCUACAAGUACCUGUCCAGACGGAGGGGUGAGUGAGUCAUACACUACUGCUGUAUUGUUCACAUAUUAGGAAUAAAUGCCAUAUGUGUCUAUCCACGACAGUAGAAUAUUGUAAAGAAGCAGAAGGUAUAGAGAGCGAAAAGAAUGUGGGGUUACUCCCAAGUAUAUUUAGCUGAAGCUAGAGAGGGGCUGUAACCAUACGGCCAAUAUCGGCCGUGGGUAUUCUUUAUACAUAACUUGCACGACCAAACUGCUCCACUAAAUGCUAGGACUCAUCUUUGGUAGAGUAUGCAGGAUAUACUGAGUUGAUAUCUGAUUACUAUAUGAUAUGUAACUUGAUUAGCCCACAGCAUACAUUAUACAAUACAUUAUAAGACUAUGCUUAAUGUAGUUGUUCUGGUGUCUAUAGCAUGUCCUUGCAGCUGAGCACUGUAAACACUGCCAUUUCAGAGAAAAGGAAGUCAGUGUUUACAUUGCUGGCUAGUAACACCUCUCGUGGCCACUAGAGGCGCUUCCUGGGUCAGUGCUGCAUAGUGUGCAGCAGUGGCAUUCAGUCUCCAUGGUAUGCAUGGAGACACAGUGUUCCCUAUAGAGAUGCAUUAAGUCGAUGCAUCUCUAUGAGGAGAUGGUGUUUGGCGCAACGUGACAUCUUUCUGUGCAUUAUCAAUAGCCACCCAAUGCUUUCCUACAGCAAAGCAUUGGAUUGACUGAGAUCAUCAAGAUACAUGAGCUCCACCAUGGAGGCAGAGCCAGACAUGACUAGCCGUGGCUAAACCAGCAUGGGAGAAAAGGUGAGUGAAAUCUCUUUUUACUGCACAAAGUGGGGGUUGGGGGGUGGGGGUCACCUAACAGUCAUGUCUGAUACUAUAGUGUUCUUUUAAAGAUAGCAUACUUUAAAGAAUAGGAUAGUGUUAAUAAAGGGUAACACAAUGUUAAAUGAGAGAGAUAACUAUGUUAAGCAGAGGUGGAUUAAUCAUAAGAUGACCCUUGGGGGUGCCGCGUAAGGCCCAGUGUUAAUACAGGGGCUCCAGGACCAUGAAUGUGCUUAGCUGCAAUAACCAUCCCUAUGUGAAUAAUGGAGGGGCAAACUGCCUAGGGCUCUGUUGGAUCUUAAUCCUUUUCUGAUGGUGGAAAGAGGGAAACCAUGGCAGUAAGAGCAGGAAAAAAACAACAACCUGAGGUUUCUGAAGAUGAAAUGGUUAGACUGUGUGGGUAACAAAAUGGAGGACACGAGUUGAGUAGAAGGCCAUGAGUAGAGGGAACAUGUAGACUUGAGAUAUGAGGAUUGCGCUAAAAGGUGUGGAAUACAGAUAUAGUAAAAAUACUUAGUCACCAAAGAUGCUGUGCUGCUAAGGAUUUAACCCCCUUUCAUUUUUCCUGUUACCAUGUUCUGCCUGUUUUAAUGUAUUUUUAUGACUUUCAAGCAGACUACUGCAAAAUAUCUACAUUAAGGCUGUAGGCUGAUGACAAUGUUUAUAUUAAAACCUUUUAAAUCAAUAAUCACUCCAUCAUCUAACACCUUGAUACAGCUCUCAAUCCCAGCAUAUUAUUUCCUUGUUGUGUGUUUGUUAUUAAAAUGUUUGCAUUGUAUUGUCAUUGCUGUCUUUGUUGAAUCUGCAUUAAUUAAUAAUAAUUUAGUUUGCAAAAAAAUAUAAAAAAAAAUAAAUUCAGAUCAUUUUAUUUCACAUUUAUCAUUAUAUAACAAUGAUCGUAUUCCAUACAAGUAAAAGUAACGUUUGAUUGUUUUCUAAUCCUAUGAUCAGGUAACGACCUGCAUAGCCACUGGACCUGGAAAAGACAUCUUUGAAAGUACACAUAUCAUUGGAGAAAACAUUUUCUUUAAGGCCAAGGUUAGAAAUAGCAAUAUUUUAAACUAAGCUCUGCUUCAUAAAGAGUCUAUUCAUCUUUAAGGACAGUAAGAAAACUAUUUAUAAUGUUUAAUUUACUUCUUUAAAGGAACACUCUAAUUAAAAAUAUGUAUGUAUAUUUAUAUAUGUAUAUGCAAAAACACACACUGCAGUGCAAUAAUUUUAGGGAGGUGUUUAAUUCUUGUAAAUUAUAAAUGCUUUAAAAAAACAAGAAAACUCUUUUUUGUUUUUUUUUUUAUAAAUUAACUAAAUGAGCAAAUAGAAGAAAAAUCUAAUUCAGAUCAAUAUCUGAUUUAGGACAUAGAACAGGAGGUGUAGUUAUGUAAGUAUUAGUGGCCUGUUUUUCUUCUCUUUGAAUGUACAAAUUUUUUCCUUGUUUUCAAUCAUUAGGAUUUGUAUGAAUCAGCUUCCACUGAAAUACAAGGAUCGCUGAAUUCAGCUCACCAAUGGGUUGACAUGAGUGAUGUUACAGUGGAGAUUAAUGAAACCCAUACCGUAAGUGUACAAACCUCUCACAGAAAUAUACAUCUUCUUGCUUGUUAGGAAUAUAUUUUUCCUCAUUCAGGAACUGAGUUUUUAAUUUAUCUUGUUACAAUUAUUACUUUUCAUUUUAUUAACUGCGUCACUCUGAGCACCGAAUCCUCUACGACGUAUUGUUAUGGUAAUGUUGCAGAAGGUCUUUUCACUGCAUUUGCCUAGUUUGUGUCAGACCAUUUUCUAGGAAUCUGAUACACUCAAAUAAACCUGUCCUUCAAAUAUGGAGAAGUAUUGGGUGACUUCACACCUUUCUAGAGUGCUGAACUGGAACGUGGGUGGCUCAUGAAAAGGCUUUAAUAAAUGCACCCCUUGUGGCUGUGGCUUGGCUUGGCUUCAUUGAGAAAGGAGGAGUGGUGGCUAUGUCUAAUCCCUUUGUCCUAACAACCUUGCAAACGUGGGAGAGGUUUGACACCCAGCAUUUUCCCACCACAGAUCUGGUCCAUUACUUUCACUUUGGGACAAUCUGAUUUUUCUGGUAGGCUCUAAGGGCAAUUUUGCUUGUAUACAUCUAGAUAAAUCUCAUCCUAGAGCCAAACACAUUUUUGCGGGUAUAAAAGAGAUGGUCCCAUGAAGGCUCUGUUGUCUGAUAGACCAUUGAUUGUUCUACACUUCUUUAUAAACAUGCAAGUUAUUUUUGACAAUCUUUAUUUUAAGUAAUUUCAAGUACAUACAUUUGCAGGGGAAGGCAAAGGUAUAAUGUCACUCUAUUAUGUUAGAACUUACAGAAACAUAAAAUUUGGCGUUAGGAGACGUUCGAGAAGUGUGUAGUAGGAAAGAAUUGAGCAAACCAGAAAAUAACUAAACUGGCCUUGCAUUACUUAUCUGAAAGAUGCUGACUGGUUGGGCCUGUAGAAUGCUAUUGGGUUUUCUCCAUCUGAUAUUUUUUCCUAUAAACUUUUGAUGAUGAAGUUGCGAGUUGCUGGGGGGGAGGCUUAUAAGGAGGAGAGAUCAAGAAUAAUUGGAGGGCAUGUAUGAGGGUAAGGGUGUGUUGACAGAGGAAAUAAAAAUUUGAAAAAAAAGAAGAAAAGAGAGCAGAAUUGUAGAUGUUGGAUUGACUAAGGGGGAUAAGCUAGACAAGCUAACGGUAUGCUAUUGGCUGCCGGUAGACACAAGAUUUGGAUCUUCUAGUUUUGAUACAAAAUUAAGCCAGGGAGCCAUGUAGUGUGAAAUGUUUUAGUCCUGUUUUGUAUGGAAUCCAUCAAAGCUUACGUUUGUUUUAUGUCCUCUAUCCUGGCAAUUCACUGAUAGUGUGAGUGUGUUUUGUUAGAGAUUUUUUUGUAUCGGGUAUUAGCAUCACGGUUUGGGGGAGCAGCAUCUAGGCUGGCUGCAGUGGUGCUACAUCCCCCCAUAUUUGUUUCAUGGUUGAAUUUAUGGAUUGCCAAUAUGGAACUAUAGAUGCCUUUGCCACCAAGUGUGUAACAGUGAUCCCACUUCCUCUACGCACCGCCAACAUAGAUCUGAAAUCUCGGUAUUGAAUUUGUGAAAUAAUUGUGAAGUGUGGUACAAACAGGUUAGUAGCUUCCCACCUAGUGAUGAAUCUGGAUGGCACAGAAACUGUUGGUGUAAGGAGCAACUGAUACAAGACUUAGAUACUCCGGGAAAGCCUCUCUCGAGUAGGACAGUAGGAUUCAAAGGUAGCGAUCUGUCAUCAGAGAUUAAUUUGAGGGGACGGUGAUUUGUGCAAAUUAGUGACUUGAAAGUAGUGAAGCCUAUCUAUCCCUUUCAAGGUUUCUUCAUCUUUAGUUUCGUAAGGAGGAGUAACUUUUAGUUUGCAGUAACAUGCAGCAGUUGUACGAAAGUUCCCUGCCACGGAAGGUCAGGUUUAGGGGAUGGCUACCAGUGGAGAAUUCAGGAAAUUAGUUAGUAGGAGCAUGAGGCCUGCAAUGGUAGUUCAAUUGUGUUUAAGACUUGAGGGUAGUACUGAUGAAUGAAUGUUGCAGAAGAGGCUGUUGGAUCUUGGUUCUGUCUAGCCAGACCAUGGCCGGUAAUGAACUACCAGAUUUCUCCAGGUCCAAGUGAAUCCUAUGGGCUCACGCUGGGUGUACAUGACAAUCUACUAGCCUUGAGAGGUGAGUUUCCUCAUAGUAUUCAAUGAGGGAAGUAAAGUCAUUUCCCCCACAUGUUUCAAAAAGCAUAGGUGUUUUAAGCAAAGGUGUGGGCCUUGUGUCUCCAUAUAAAAGUGCAUAUUGCAUAAGUCAGGUAGGAGAAAAAAAACCAUAGGGUACAGUUUUUGGUAUAGUUUGGAGUAAGUACAGAAUUCUGGGGAGAAGGUGAAAAAAACUAUUAAAUCUUGCUCCAAUAAAUGAACCAAUAUAAUAUUAUUACUGGCAUUAUUCUUUCUUAGAGGCUCUACCUGAAGGAAAGAUACAACACAAAGAAUAUAUAUUGUAACAAUAUUGCGAAACAAAGUUUAUCAAUAGUCACACUCAUGGCGUAGAGAGCUAUGAAAUAAGUAGCAGCUAUCCCAUAAAUCUCCUCUGUAUCUGUAACCAAAGUUUUGCAACUUUAUGUUGUCACUUCAAAUCCUAAAACAAUUGCAGUCAAUGUUGUGCAAUGUCCUGCGGCCAAAUGGAAAUGCUGUGAAUUGUCCUACAGCUCAAUUCUCCUAAAGCCGUGCUGUGCGAUGCCUUGUUGUUUUUGUUGCACUUUUGUAAGCGCAAGAAAGAAAAAAGGGAAAGAAGGGGAGAGAAACCCAAUAGUGUAAUACUGGAUAAUUAAAAAGUUUUUGUUUGCAGGUAAUAUAUACUCACAAUAUUUAGAGCAAAUAACCCUGCUCCUAGUAAAACAGCUUUAGGUUGGUUUUUUUUGUACCUAUCCAACGAGCUUGGAUGUAAAAAGUUAUAAUAUGUCCUCCAUGGUAAAAAAAAAUAAAAAUAGGAAAAUAACAAUCCUGAAAGUAAAAGUAAGGUUAACAUUUAUAGUACAAAAUUUAAAAGUGAAUGCACCAAUUUUAAUACUGUUGCGUUUCUCCCAAUGAGUUUAUCAAAGUGUCAUUAAUUCAGAAGACUAUAAAUACACAUUUACAUAGAGUGCUUAUAGUUAGUCCCUCCUCUGCAAAUAAUCUUUAAAGUCUUUUUUUUAAAAAAAAGUUAAAAUAAAUUUAAGGUAAUCUGAAAUACACACAUAAUUACUCUCUAAAUGUAAUUAUAUACUAUAAUACAGUGCAAUAGCAAAACUGCUAACAAGCUGCUCUAUUAAGCUAAAGUAGUUUUGGUGACUAUAAUUUCCCUUUAAUAGGAAUCCUCGUACAUCCAAUAUGUCAGAAAUAGCUUUGUUUUCUGCUGAAUAGAUCUAUGGGGUUCUGGGCGUAUGGUUACUACGGUAAAUUAUAGCUGCGAAUAUAAAGUUGGAUUAUAAAAUAAAUAGCAUAUUUUAAUUGAACAUUAAUUUUUUUUAAACUCCCGAAUGUGACAUUUAAUUUAAUAUUACAUGGUUGAUUUUAAACAUAUGUUAUUGUAUUGCUUCCUCAUCACUACGGUAACAAAAGUUAUGUGAUUGCUAUCUAUAUCAAAUUUCAUUUUGCUAUUGCACUACAUUGAGUAAGAAGCACUUGUAGCUGUCUUCAGGCGCCAUAUGUUCAGGUCUGUUUGAGAAUAUUUGUGCUCAGUCUUCAAAUUUGCAAUGCGUUUGAGAAGGUAUGCGAUACCAGCAGUGUGCUCUCAUUAACAUAUGGACCUCACUGAAAUGAACUAUCACCUUAUACGUGCCUCCCAGAAUGUCAGACGAGAGGCUUCCGUAGUCUCAUUCUCCAAGAAGAAACACGUCCGCUUUGCAUGUUCCUCCAUCACCAGCUCCUGUUCCAGCAGGAAGGAGUAAUUCAUCUCCUGUUCCAGCAUUUCUCAAUUAGCUUAAAGAGAAGCAAAUAGAUUUGUAUGAAUAUUGGGUCUGUCCAGGUGGAGGACCCAACCAUAACUGAAGUGAUUUUGGGAAGAAGUAGUCAAUGGUCCAUAAGAGUUAUGUACAAUUGAGAAAAGGGAGUAAGCCCUGUCCCCUCGGUGCAACAAUUGUCUGCAGUUUAAAGGUCCACGCACCAGAGAGAUCAGCGAAUGGUGUUCUCUCGAGGUGUCCACCAAUGGUUCCAAGUGGAGGCUAUGAAUGAGCAUUGUUUAAAGUUGGGUGCAUAUUGCACUGUGGAUGUGUAUAAAUGGCCUGCUGUAGUGCUUUUUACAAACAUGAAGUUCUUCUGUAUUGCUAAUGGGUAUCUACUUGUACAAAGGGCAGAAAACAAUGCAUCAGGAUCGCUUUAUGAUGAGCGAAGAAAAUGGUUUGGUAUCUGUGAUUCAAAAGCAUUUCGGCCACACCAUAGGUUGAAACACAAUGUUAUUCUAACCAUGUCUUUCAUUAGCUGGAUUAUUUGUAUUCCCCUGAGGUGCAGAUCCUCCUUGCUUAGGGUCUUAGGAUUUUGGACAGCUGAUUUCUGUUUCUAGAUACUUUUUUCUACAUCUAAUUCAGUUACUUAAUGGCAGUGGUGGCUCUAGACCUUGAGAGGCCUUAGGCGAAACACAAACAUGAGGCCCCCACUAAUACCAAAGUUGACAAGUUGUGUGGGGGGCUGUAACAGGGUGUUAGUGGGUUGACAGAGUGGGGGUGACUGUGAGGGUGUGUGUGAGGACAGGGUGUGGGGAGUUGUGACAUGGUGUAUGUGGGGUGACAGGGUUAGUGGGAGUGGCUGUGACAGUGUGUGUGGGAAGACAGGGUGUGGGGGGCUGUGACAGGGUUCGGGUGGCUGUGAUGGUGUGUGUGUGUGGGGGACUGUGACAGGGUGUAUGUGGGGUGACAGAAUGCAGUGGGGGCUGUGACAGGGUAGGGUAGCUGUGAGAGGGUGGGGGGCUGUGAGAGGGUAGGGGGGACUGUGAGUGGGUAGAGAGAGCUGUGAGUGGGUAUGAGGGCUGCAAGAGGGUAGGAGAGCUGAGAGAGAGGGUAGUGGGAGCUGAGAGAGGGUAGUGGGGGCUGAGAGGGUAGUGGGGGUAGUGUGGGCUGAGAGAUGGUGGGGGCUGAGACAGGGUGGGGGGGGCUGUGAGGUGGGGGGCUGAGGGGGGGCCGAGAGAGGGUGGUGGGGGCUGAGAGAGGGUGGUGGGGGCUGAGAGAAGGUGGAUGUGGGGGUGACAGGUUGAAAUACCUUUUUAUCCUUUAACUAUUCCCUGGUGGUCCAGUGUCUCUGUCCCUGGUGGUCCGGCAGGCAGGUUCUUUGGUCUGCAGCUCUGCUGGGCGUAGAGCUGCAGACCACAUGGUAAGUCUCGCGAUCUCCAAAAGUAUGAAAGCGUUGCCGUGGAAACCCGGGGCAAGGCUCUAAUACACUGGAGAUCGCGAGACAGUUCAGUCUGCAGCUCUGCACCUGACAGAGCUGCCGACUGACUGUAGUGCUGGGCGCCUCUCGAUCAGCACAGAAUGACUGGAGGGGCCUCGCACCCGGCGGCAUGAAGGGCAAGCCACAGAAGACCUGACAUGUCACUCUGUCCUAAGAUGAUUUAGGUGGACACGAGGCCUUAGGGGGCCGUCUAAAUCGCCUAAUUAGAGAGCCGCCUCUGCUUAAUGGUGUGAGGCAGCUCUGGACCUGCUCACCUAGUCCAUCUUCAGGCCUCUCAUAUUUCUCUAUUUUAUAUAUCCUUUUUCUUUAUCCUCCUCUUAAUUCUUCUUUCUUCUCCUCAUUAUUUUUGCUCUCUCUUCCUACCCUUUUUAAAAUUCCAUUUCCAUCCUUCUUCCUACAAUGUUCCAGAGACUAAAUUAUGCCUUCUGUGGAGCCUUAUUACCGUUAAAUGGCUUUGCCAACUGGAUACUACUCUCUUGAGUACGGCUCACAAUUCACAAUAUUUUACUUUUUAUUCACUUAAUCUUUUGUUUUGAAAUUAUUUACUCUGUUUAUAUUUGCACUGUAGCCAUGCAAUGUUAAUGCAGUACUGAUUGUUCUAUAAUCACCUCAAGAUAUUUCAUGAUAUCAUUAACGAUUAUAUUGCAUGGACGUGCUCUGUCUGAUGUCUUUCUGUUUAUUACUACCCACUUAAUAAACUCAGAUUUAAAACAAACCUUUUUCUGGGGUGUUGACAAAAACUGGCACUUGGACAACUGCAUUACCUAAACUGGAGCAGAGUACCUGGACUUUUGUCAGAGCUAAUCUUUUUGUCAAUCUUCUUGAAAACCGUUUGCAAAAUAAAGUAUUUUAAGUUAGAGACAAUCAUCGCGAACCUGCCAAUACAGCUAAAAUGUAUGCUUUGCAACAUUGUCCUAUUUAUUAAUAAUUAGUGAAUAAAUACCUUAAUUAUAAAUAAAAGAUACUGACUCACAUUGGUUUUUAUUUAUUAAGGUACAAACUUGUAAGCCAGCACUAGGGUACAGUUUUGCUGCCGGAACAAUUGAUGGUGUUGGAUUAAUCAAUUUUACACACGGUAAGUAUUUUAUAUUACAUGCUAUUUUAAUAUUCUUCAGUGUACUAAAUCUAUGAAUAAUUCUGGGUGAAAUAUUGUAAACACAAUCUAUUUCUCAUUGUUGCUAGUUCAACAAACAUCACUUACAAUUCAUUGACUAUGCAUCGACAAGAUCUUAAUGAUACUAUGUACUCCUAAUUAAAUGUCUUGUUAAUUAUAAUCAUUUAUAUGCUAAUCAGCAAAGACUCUGAUUAAACACUGGUCUGUGAAAUUGAAUCAAGUAUUAGAUCUACUAGCACCAAUGUAUAUUGAAAAUAAGAUGUAAAAUAAUAAUAAGCAACAAAUUAGAACGUUAACAACACUGUCCGUUGCCACAAAACUAAAUACAAUUGUAAAAAUAAACAAUAAUGUAUAAAAUAAAUAUAUAAAAUAACAAAAGCAAUGUACCACAACAAAAGCGGGGUUACUCACUAAACCAUAAAUGUAAAAAUAAAAACAUAUGGUCAUGCUCAGGUUAUAAUACUUCAUAUGAUAACUAUAAGAUACUCAAAAUAACUAGUACCUGAGUAUCCACUGGAAUAAUGAAUAAUAAUGAUUCUAUACAAAGUGGGAUAUAGAUAUAUAUAUAUAUAUAUAAUGAGAAAAUACAAUAAUAGAAAAAUGGGUCAGGUGAAAGUAGAAAAUAACUGCCUAAUGGCAAAAAAACUCCCUUCCUAAUGUCUCUAAAAGUAGAUACUGCAGUACACAGGUUUAGACUUUAAUAUAUAAUGCUUCAUAGGUCAAUAUCUGUGACUGCAGGCUGGUAUCAAUACAUCCAAAGAAUAUAUAAGAGACAUUAAGGACUUGCUUUUACCUAGUAAUUCUCAAGCUGUGGCAUUAUAUAAGAUAUAAUACUAAAUUGCUAGCAUAUUGGAACAUUAGAGGCUGAGUAAGCAGAAAAGUAUAAAUAGAUACUAUAUGUGGGAUCUAUUGAAACUAAUUCAAUCAGUAAAUUGUAUCAAAAAAAUAUCUAUAAUGUUAACUGCCAUGUACUCAAUUGCUAGCAUAUUGGGACAUAAGUAACUGAAUAAGGAGAAGAGUAUAAAUAGAUACUAUAUUGGAUAUAAAAUAAUCCAAAAAAUAAAAUGUAUUAAGAGUAGUAUCUAUCAUAAUAACGGCUACAUAUAAACUAAGUCCAAAAUUAUUGAAUAGACAAAAUAUAUCCACAAAUGGAUCUGUUAUAUAAUAUGCCACACAUUAGGAGGUAUAAAGCAUAAGAGAGAGAUAAAGUGAAUAGUGAAAAAACAGUGUGCUAAAUGUGCAGAGCCAUGCUUAGAAUGCUGGCUGCCUGCACAUGGUGACAGAGUGAAAAAGAUGAGAGGAAAGAAGACUCCCCCCCCACCCCCCAAAAAAAAAAAAAAAAGUUCAUAUGAUAUUGUAUUAUCAAAAGGUAAAAAAAAUUCUAAAACUUGAAAAUAGACAGUUAAAAUUAACCCCAUUAAUACUCUAGCACAGGAGUUCCCAAUUUAUUUUUACUGUGGAACCCUUUGACAUAGGGUACCAAAAUUGUGGAACCCCACCCCCUGAAAAAUAUUUGCGAAAAUUGUAGUACUUAGGAGCAGGUGUGCUUCUUUGUGUAGAGUUGGUCUUUGUAUAUAAUUCUAACAUUUUGAUAAAGGGGUGUGUUUAUAUGUAAUGUUUGCAUUUCUGUGCAGUGGUGUGUUUUGUUGGAUUUUAAAUGCGGAUGUACUUUUACAUUUAAAUGCUGAUGUGUUUGAGUAAAGGGUGUGUUUGAGUGUUUGUAUGUAAUUUUGGAGUUGGAGUUCAGAGGUAACUUUGUAUGUUAUGUUUGUAUUUGCAUGUUGAGUUGGUGUUUGAUUGCUGUGAUGUCUGCACAUAAAUACUUACACAGAUAUACAUACACAUUAAUAAACAAACACACUGACACAUACACACUGAUACAUACACACAUGCAUACACACACUUGCACAUACACACUCAGAUACACACACGGACAGAUAUGCACACCAAGAUAUAGACAUACUGACACAUACACCGAUACACAUACACACACACUGACACAAAGGUACACCCACUGGCACAUAAACACACACUCAGAUACACACACUGACAAACAGAUUCACACACUGGAACAUACAUACACCUUGACACACACAAACACACUGAUACACACACCGGCAGAUACAGCUACACUCACUGGCAGAUACACACAGACACACACCCUGGCACAUGCACAGAUACACACACUGGCAGACACACUGACAAACAGAUUCACACACUGGAGCAUACAAACACCUUGACACACACACACACACAGAUACACACACCGGCAGAUACAGCUACACUCACUGGCAGAUACACACAGACACACACACUGGAAGAUAAACACACCCUGGCACUUGCACAGAUACACACACUGACAGAUACACACACCGACAGAUACACUGACACACAGAUACACACACACACUGACAUACAAAUACACACACACUGGCACACAGAUACACACACUGGUACAUACACUGGCACACAGAUACACAAAAGCAAAUACACACACGCACUGGCACACAGAUACACAAACUGGUACAUACACUGACACACAGAUACACAAUGGUAAAUACACACACACACUCUGAUACAUCACACACAGGUCAUAAUGUUUAUGUUUUGCAGCCACCCGCCUAUCUUUUUCGUCAGGAGUGGCUUGCUUGGAGUGACAGGCUGUCACUUCCUCCCAGCAUCUGAUACCACAGGGGCCCCGGUCGCGGUCUUAAAGGGCUGCCGUGCUUGACUGGGCCCCUACUCAGUGCCCCGAUGGGCAAAUUGCUGUGGAACCCAGAUUUUGUUCUCGCGAAAGCCUAUGGUUCUGUGGAACACCAAUUGGGAAAUGCUUCUCUAGCGGAACUAAAUACAGCUGCCUAAAGAUAGCAAUCAAACUAUUGCACAAAUACAAUGUAUUUGAUAUUUGAAAAAACUAUUGUAUUAUCCACUUGUACAUAUAUAUUUAAAAUGCAGAAAAUAGACAGCUAAAUCCCAGAAGCCAGGAAAUUAGAUGACCCAAUCUGGUUGCACUUAUGGAUGUAGCACUGUGCUUCCAGUGAUAUUGAUAUAAAUAACUUUGCCAAUAAGUAAAGUAAACUUGUCAGUGACUGUAAAUUCUGGUAUCCAGCCAGGUAGUGGAGUGCUGCACAUUAGUAUGUUGAUACUCUGGAACUCUGUGGGGCAGGUCCGCUAGCUCCAAUAUAAAUCCAGAAGUAUAGAGCCACAGGCUACACAGUGCAGGGUGAAGAAUAAAGUAUAUUUAAUUAUGGUCCAGGAGACAAAACAAAGAUACAAUGUUUCAUCCCGUGAGGCCUUAAUCAUGUAUGCUUCACAGACAAAAUGUCAUAUCCUUGUUUUGUCUCCUCGACCAUAAUUAAAUAUACUUUAUUCUUCACUCGGCACUGUGUAACCGGUGGCCCUAUACUUCUGUAAAUGUUGGUAUAAUAAUAACUGGAGACACUUACACCAGCAUUUACAGUCACUGGCAAGUUUACUUUAGUUAUUGGCAAAGUUACUUAUAUUACUAUCACUGGAAGCACAGCGCUACAUCCAUAUGUGUAACUGGUUUGGGUCAAAUCAUAACUUGGCUUCUGGGAUUUAGCUGGUUAUUUGGAAUUAGUAAUGUCGCAAACUGUUCGCGAACUUCCCGAGAACGGCUCGCCGCGGUUUGCCACGAACCGUUCGCAGCGAGCUCCGUUCAGCUGACACAUCCCGGCCAAUCUCCAGCAGACCCUCCCUCCCAGACCCUCCCAACUCCUGGACAGCAUCCAUGUUGAAGGCAGCUUCAACAUGGAUGCUGUCCAGGAGGUGAGAGGGUCUGGGAGGGAGGGUCUGCUGGAGAUUGGCCGGGAUGUGUCAGCUGACCGGAGCUCGCCAUGAGCCAUUCGCGGGAAGUUCGCGAACGGUUCGCGACAUCACUAUUUGGAAUACUGCCAUUUUCACAAUUUUACAUAAUUACAUGUGGAUUAUAUAUUUUUUUGUUUCCCUGGAGGAUAAUAUAAUAGAUUUGGUUGGUUAUUUGAUCAUAUAUCAAGGACUGUGAGUCUUCCUUGUAUCUAUUUGAUUUAUUGUUGGUUACAUUUAUGCAAGAGUAAUACAUUGUAUUUGUGCAAUAGUUUGAUUGCUAUUCUCAGGCAACUGUUAAUUAGUUCCACUAGAGUAAACAUGAGGUUAAUUUUAACAGUUUAUUUUGACGUUUUAGAAUGUUUUUUAACGUCUGACAAUAAAAUACCAUAUGAAGUAUUACAACCUUAGCAUGACCAUAUAUUUUUAUGUUUACCUUUAUGGUUUAGAGAGUCGCCACACUUUUGUUGUGGUACGCUGCUUUUGUUAUUUUAUAUAUUUUUUUUAUACAUUAUUACUUAUUUUUUACACUUGUAUUUACUUUUGUGACAAUUGGCAGUGUUUUUAGAGGUUUUGAGUUGUUCUAAUUUUUUUUUUUGCCUACUAUUAUUUUAUAUUUUAUUUUCAAUAUACUUUGCGGCUGGUAUAUCUAAUACUUAAUUGAAUGUCACAGACCAGUGUUUAAUCAGAGUAUUUGCUUUGAUUAGCAUAUAAAUAAUUAUAUGAUUAUAUUAUCUGUUUGCAUCUGUGACAUUUAAUACAGUAGAUAACACAAUAGCAUAAUUUAUAUACAUUGUAAAUGUUCAGACCUUCAGAACUUUGUCAUCAAGAUGAGGUCAAGGCUUGAUGAAUGGAGCAAUGCACAUGCACAAUAAAUGACAAUAAUAAAAUAAGUAAUGGUAUCGCUGAGAUUUAUUAAACCAAUACAGGAACACAGAUUAAUGGUUUCACAUAACACCACAAGGUAGCAGACCAAUAUCACAAUUUAAUAAACUAUAUAUAUAUAUUGGCACGAUAUUUAGCAUUUUUCAUUUAAUACAUCUGGCGGUUAUGUCUGGAAUUGCCUACCUUGGCACAGAUUAGACAAGAAGAAAACUAGCUAGAAUGGAUGAACAUGUAUAAAUGUUGAUUGUGUCAUAUUAUUUUAAUUGCUAUGCGUAUCUACUUACCUGGAGUUCCCUUGCUGCAUCUCUCUCCGGUGGCUGACGUGGUCCCUCUUCCAUGCACGCUAGAGGCUCUGGCGUGCUCACCAGCAAGGAAGAGGGGGCGGUGUCUUUACUGUACACAGAAGCUGUGCCAUGACUCUCUACAUCUCACCGGGGACCGCUGUUAGUCACAGUCCCAAGCCAGCCACGCACAUGAUGGGGAUGGAACCCACACCCCAAAAUGAGAUAAUAGGCGCACGGACGACCAAAGAACGGUCUCAUAAAGGAGCAGAAGUCUUAUUGCACCAUAUGGACAAUUAUCUCGUAACCAAUCAUGUGGAAGAGGUGUUAACCAUUCCCCUAUAAAACCAUAGUUAGCCCAUAUCUUAGUGCUCCGUUAUACCAUGCUCCUCCAUGCAUGCUCUUCUGUGAAUCCUGUUGCUUCCUGACCUUCCUGUCUGUUACUCUGACCUUGACUUACCUUGACUACGAGUUCGUAAUAUAACCAAUUGGUAACACACUUUUGGCUUGCUACUGCUCCCUGUGAACCUCCUAUCAAAACCACAACAAAUUCCUUAAGGACCUAGGCUGUACCUAGUAUUUAUUUUAAUUUUUUUUGCAUUUGUUUGGUCAGAAUUUAGUAAAAUGACCCAGUUUGGAACCUACCUAAUCCAAUUACUUAACAACUGAUAAUAAGCAUUUUUUUUCUGGAUAAACAUCCCUGCUCUGGAUAAAGAUCAUUUGUCAGACUGCAGAUCUGAAGGAAAGCUGAGAGAGUAAAGAAUAUUCAAGAUUAAUAUAGAAAAGGCUACAAAAUAGUGUUUAGAUAUCCCAGUUAGCACCGUUGGAUAUAUUAUCCUGAAGUGGAGAAAAUGGUCAGUGCCCGACUGCUAUCUGAUCAGUUGCACCGAGACAGAGCUCUGAGCAAAAAAAAUCAGUUUUUAGCCCCUAUAGCUGAAUAUUUAUGCUGCAAGGUUACCUUCUGCAAUGGCAAAUAUACUGGAAAGGAAGCUACAGUCCAAUUUGGCAGAUUCUGUCGGGAGGCUCUGAAGACCUACCUGUGCCUGACACUCUCCACACAUCUUCACAUUGAAGUCAGAAAAUGCAGCACAGAUCCUCAUUUACCUCCUACCGAUGAGGGUUAUCCUGGCAUAUCUCUAGCACCAAGUACAGAGUCUCUCUCUUCUGAUCAAAAAAACUGGAUAGAAAAGAGGGGGGAGGUGCAGCACUUAGAUAGUCCUCGGUAUAUGUAAUAGAGAAAGAAAAUAAAGGAACACAAUAGUGUAGUAUGUAAGACUAGGAAUGAUGUAAAUUAAAUUAAAAAAAGCACACUCACACUUUUUUUAGGAGCUUCAAUACAGCUCCAAUUUAUGUGCCUGGGCGGAAAAAUCCCCACCUAAGGAUCAAGUGCGAAUAGAAUUCUUUGUAUGCUCGUGGCAGUGGGAGGUAUCCUCAUAAAAAAGAGAUAAAAAUCGUAUAUGUGUAAAGCAUGUAGAACUAUGGAGCAAGGGUAAGUGUAGAUAUAAAAUGUGCACUCACCCAUAGAUAUGGCUCCAAGGGAAGCGUGUGAAGUGGUAUGAUUCCCACUCAAAAAUACAGGUGUAGUCUUUAGUCCUAGGUGUGAUACUAUUCUGCAUGCUGGAUCAAUUGUAAUGCUGACAAAACCAUACUUUGCUCACAAACAUGGGAGUAGGUCUUUUUGACCUUUUUUUGUGUGUUCUCACUUUAUAUCAAGGUGAACACUAUUGUGGUUUUAUUUGUUUCUCCAUACAUAGGAAAAUACAGACAAGUUAUCUACAAUACAAUAGUAACAGAAAAGACAUAGGGCAAUAUUGCAAACAUACAAUGGAUUGUGAAUUAGAAUAAAAUUCACUCACAAACCCAAAUUGAUUGUAGGCAUGUCAUAAAUGGAGUCUUAAAACUACCUCAGGACAUGUAGGAAAUUAAUUCAUGUAAGGAAAGAAAAAGAUAAUAGUGCAGAGUUCCUCAGUCAAAAAACACUUACCUUACAGGAUAAUUAUGGCGAUUGGAACUCAUCGCCAUAUUUCAUCCCGAAGUCUGCAUGGCCAGACACAACUUGGAAGUGAGGCUUCACUCGCAAAAGCGCUCGAGUGAUGAACCCGGAAGCACUCUACUUAAGUGACAAAAAAAUAAGCAAAUAUUGCAAAAAAAAAUUAGAAUGCAUGUAAAUUAUUACUUAUCACAAAAUACAAGAAUAAAUGUAGUUAUGUACAUAAGUUAUGUAUCCAGUACCCUUCUCUUUUUCUCAGAUGAGUCAUGAGGUCACCACUUCUCUCUCAUCUAGGGUCGCCUGUUCAAUAACUAUAUAUUUAAAGUUAUUAAUAUUAAAAUAAGGGCAUUUAUUGCAAUGUACUGGUACUGAAUAUGACAGCAUAUGGUUUUUAAUAUUGUUCUUAUGCUCCUGGAACAUCAUUUUCGCUUUCCUCCCGGUCCCUCCCUACAUAUUGUGCACCACAUCCUCAUGUGAUUAGGUACACAACAUGUGUGGAUGAACAGGAUACCAAGCUUUUAAUUUUUAACUUUUCAGAGGUUUGGGUACUAAUGAACUCUUUCGUAACCUUAAACUGAUGGUUACAACUUUUACCACACCAAGAAACCUGUCUUUUGUUUUAUUUUAUCUUUUCCAGAGCGAAAAGUGCUUGGUGCUAAGUGCUAAGAUUUGUUUAAGAUUAGUGCCUUUUCUAAAAAUAAUUUUUGGGGCAUGGGGAAUUUGUUGGUGUAGAAAUUAGUUUUCUACAAAUAACGCCUAGUGUUUCUUAAUAAUCCUUUCUAUAUCAAAAGCUCUGGAGUUAUAUUGAAUAUUAAAAGAAAAAGAAAAAAAAUCGGAUUUCUAGUUAAAACAUUGCUUUUUGUCCAUCAGAAGAUUAUUCCUAUCUAUUUUUCAUACCCUUUCGAUUUCGGCGUCCCAAAAAAUCUCCAGAGUAACCUUUUUCUAAAAACCGAUUCCUUAAAACUUCUGCUUGUGCAUAAAAAGAUUCCAGGUCACUACUAUUCCUGUAUUCGAAUACAUUGGCUCUUGGGAACUCAUUUAAACCAGUUCAGAAUCAUACCACUUCACACGCUUCCCUUGGAGCCAUAUCUACAGCUCUAUCACAUGUGAGUGCACAUUUUAUAUCUACACCUACCCAUGCUCCAUAGUUUUACAUACUUCACCAUAUACAAUUUUUAUCUCUUUUUUUUAUGAGGAUACCUCCCACUGCUAUGAGCAUAUGAAGAAUUCUACUCGCACUUGAUCCUUAGGAGGGGAUUAUUCUACCCAGGCACAUAAAUUGGAGCUGUAUUGAAGCUCCUAAAAAGUGUAAGUGCGCAUUUUUAAAAUUAAUUUACAUCAUUUUUAUAUAUUACACUAUUGUGUUCCUUUAUUUUUCUUUCUCUAUUAUAUAUACUAUACCGAGUACUAUCUAGGCGCUGCACUUCCCCCAUGUUUUCUAUCCAGCUUCAAGUGUUUUGGCUAAAAUGAAGCAGAGGACUGCUUCUGACAGAAUCGAAAGGGCUGGCUCAAUACCUACCUCUGAGAACACUGCAGGGUGGUCCUCAAGCACUGGAUGAACUUGCUCAUACAAAGGCUAUAGCUUCUAUACCCACUUGCCCUGGAAGACACACAAUCCACUUUUUUCUAUUGGACCUCUCGGAGGUUUAAUACCCACUUCCAUAUACUCUGGCUGAGAGCCUUCAGGGGAAGACCAACGAGACAUGACUCACAUGCUUUGAGGGAAUGCUACUACCAACAUCAAGUGAGAUGCCUUUCUGAGAUGCUGAUCAGGGUGCCUGGAACAACAGAAUCGAUGGGCAUCGCAUUUGGGCUUUCGUUGAGGCCCGAGGCUGGUGUAGUGGAUUUCUCUGGAUAAAGGAGAUAGUGUCUUCUCUUUGGAACUUUUAUUCUUAGCUUUGGAGUAGGAUGUAGCCCUGUGGUUACGUUGUCUUUAUUUUACUUAUCAUAAAAAUAUUUUCAACAACUUUCUCAAGUGCAUUUUUGUUUCUUUCUCUCAAUUGGUACAUUUAAUGCUAUCGGAUUCUUAAGUGUAGAUUUUUAUGCACUAUUAAUGUUGUCUACCUCAUUUUAGUUUAUUUUUAUUCCUUGCCUCAUAUCAUCAUCUAACGUUGUGUAAAAUGAGCAACAACUCACUUUACAUUAUAUCUCUGCGUAGGUUACCUAAUGUGUUACCAAUUCCUCUUGAAAUUUUCUCUUUGCUGUAUCCCUGCAAGACAAAAUAAAAAUUUACAAAUAAAAACAAAAAAAAAUGGAGACUUGUGUAGGAAGCCAACAAAAGGCUUCUGAUCACUUUAAAGGAGCUACAGAGGUCGGAGGCUAAAACUAAAAGAAAAUUGCAUCAACAAUUUCAAGAGCUCUGCAUCAAACUGGCCUGCAUAGGAGGGUGCCAAGAAAAGAAGAUGUUACUCAAAACCAGCUAUAUCAAAGCACAUCUAGAGUUUCUAAAAAGUAUGAGCCUGGCUUUGCUAACAUAUGGGAAAACGCUUUGUUGUAAGUUGGGAACAAGCUAGAGUUUUUUUUAGCCACAAUUCAAACUGCUAUGCAUGGCAGAUGAUUCAAAAUAAUCAAUUUAUAAGGGUAUAAAUACUUUUGGUCAAUGCACUGUGCAUGUACACAUUUAUUUCUAAGUCUUAGAGAUAUAGACAGUUGGUGAAAACUAUUUUUUUUUUGUGGUCCAAGGUGCUCUUUAUUUUUUUGUUUUUUUUGUUUAAUUCUUCAUUUUUGUGGUGCAGAGACAUACAUACAGGUUUGUACUGGCAUAACAGAGAAGGCAUACAUGUCCACGUAGAUAAAUCGCUUAUGUCUGAGAUUACUGCACGCAAUUUUUUUUUUUUUAAAUAAAAGUAUAACAAGUAAUAUAAUGAACCUGUCACAGAGUGAAAACUAAAUUAAUAAAGAAGGAACUUGCUUGACAAGAGGAUUAGUAGGUGAGUAGUAGGUAGUAGUUGCUAAACUAGUGAGAUAAAAACGGUAUGUCAGUAGUAGAGUGAUAAAGGCAAAAGAUAGGCAGGCAUUAUCAACUGACACAAUGCAGAUCAAGAUGUACCACUGGGCAUCAAAAUAGACUGUGAAAGAGUCAUAUAGCAUGUUAUAUUAUGGGGGUAACUAGCUUAACCUAUGCCUGAUGCAUAAUGCCUGAUCCAGAGAAAGAGUUCCCAGGUGUACGGUGCCCCUGCAGCCCAUAGCUGAGUUACAGACCACUAUAUCCAUCUCACAAGUCUCUAUUCAAGUUGCAGGUUGGGCUUGAUCUCGUGGCCUGGUGCCAGGCUUAUGUAUAGCAUGGUGAGUAGGAGCCUUCUGAGGGUGUGAGCGGUUGGUCAGGGAUUGUCCCAUGAUGGAUUGUGGCCCAGGUAGGUGAUGGCACUCAGCACCAGUGGACCACCACUUCCACACGGGUCUCAGCUUGGCUUUGCCUUGGCGUGUAUCUCGUGGGAGCAAAGCUGCAGCGGUAGGCCUCUCCACUCAUUGGUGGGUCCAUUGCAGGUUACUCAUAUCCAGAAAUCCAGCUCAUCAAAUCUGGCCUGGGUUCGCUUGAUGUAAUGGAUGUCCCAGCACGGCAUUUUGAAUUCACAACAAAUUUUCAGGUACACUAGCUCAAGUUGUCCACUGCAGAGUAGUGAGUAUACCCAGCGGGGGCCAGUAUAAUCCUCAAUGGUCCAAAGGGAGGGAAGGUAAUGGGGCUUUGGUAGAAUCCUUGUAGACUGCGCAACUCCGAGUGGGAGAUUGGCUGCCUCUCCCAGCUGUCAGGUCGGCAAUCCUGGUAGGCUGCAGAGCCAAAUGACAGAUUAGGUGUGCAGGAAUGAUAAUUUCUGGGCUGUCAGUGUCUCCCUUUAGUCAGGAUGCUUGUUGUGCAUAAUUCUGAGCGUUUUGCUAUCUAAAAAAUGCAAUUUUAGCUAGUUAAAGGCUUGCUCAGGCAAGUGCUUCUGGAAAACACAUCUUGCCAGCAUGAGAGUCAGGUCCCGUCCCCCUAGUACAAUAUAAUAUAGGCAGAUUUCCAGAGAUUAUAUUGAUGUGUUCUUAAAAACUCAUUGCUUUGACAGUGAAAUGAAAGAAAGCCAUGUUUUGGAAGCAUUUUGUAUAUCAUAUUUAUUAAAUAAUGUAAUUUUCAGAUGUAUAUCAACAUACAUAGCUUCUACUUUUUAGUUUUUUCCUAUUUCAUAUAAAUGUAAAAAUAAUUUAUUUCCAGGAAUGGUAGAAGGUGAUCCGUUUUGGGAUGGGAUUCGUGAUGCAAUCCUUGGAGUGCCAUCAAAUGAAACUGUAGAAUGUCACAAACCUAAACCCAUCUUGAUAAAUACUGGAGAGGUAUAACCAGUCUUAAUGGUAGUUCAGUGAAUUCUAUUUCAUGUACAAAAUGCAGCAUUUGCUGCUCAUGGGAUUGUAAAAAAAGGUAUGUUACAUGUCAUAGAUGAUGAAGGAAUCAAAUUAUCUAUUACCCAAUUACCCAAAAUUAAGAAACGCAUAUUUUAAACAUCUAUAGCACUGAAGUCCAGUUUGGCUGAUCAGGAUCCCCCACCGGUCCUGUGCCCCCUCACCCAUCCGGUCGCUGGUUCCCUGGACCACCAUCCUUCUGUUGGUGGCAGCAAUGCCCUCUGCCUACGGUACCCUUCAGGGGAUGUCCGGGCAAGGCCUCACCCUUCAGUGUCUAUCUGUAGUCCGGAGCCAUGAGGUCUUGGCAUGGUCCAGAGUGAUGCUAGGAAGCAUGUGGUUGCACAAGAUCUCCCAGACCAGCACACACAAUAGAUCAAAUUAAUGGAGAAGAGCCUCCUCUGCUUCAAGUAUGUCAGCAGGUUGCAGAGGUGUACAAUACAGCCCAUGCCCACAGGAACCUGGCAUUAGCUAACUCAACAGUCAACUGAGUGUUCUGUCAGCGAGUAGCCAAGUUUUGUGCCUAAAUUGCGCUGAGUAAGUACCGUAAGUAUUUGUCUUACACCACACUGCAGCCACAUGCCACAUAAAACUAGCUUUGUUGGCUGACAUCACUCACAAGUGUUUUUAUUUUUUAAUUCAGGGACUUUGCUUGAGCCGGAAGCAAAAAUCAACUAUCUAUGUAGCAAUAUAGAGGUGGGGAUAUGUCACUGCCUUCCUAUGUUCUGUUCCCUCCUCUCUAUCAAUGAAGUGCAUUUUACUAAAGCAUAGCUGAACACAAGCACAUGCUGUACAGCCAUACUACCUGAUAGAUAGUUGUGCUGCAAAGUUCUGCUCUCCAACAUUAACUCCUGACAAAUCUCCAAAGUGGUUGAUUAGAACAGUAUUUCUCGAAGUUUUACAGAGAAGUACCCCUGCAGGUCUAAAAAAAAAAAUUCCCAAAUACCCUUGCCUUGAGAAAGUAAUUUCCAUUGAUUGAAACCAAAUAAAACACUAAUAUUUAAGUUAAUUCCAUACUGGGAAACAAGCCUAAUUAAAGGUAAUAAAGAAUAUUUUAAAAAAGAAAUGACAUAGUGUAAAUAUCGUGUAUGUAAGGAGAAGUGUAUGAACUUUUCAUCUUAAGUAUAAAAGUCACAAUAUGAAAAAAAAUACACACAUAGUUGCACACAGGGGAAACUGGUACACACGUUUACACAAAGAGGGCACUGGCACACACAUACAUUUUCAUACAGAGGGUACUCACACAUUUUACACACAGAGGACACUGGCACACACAUACAUUUACAAAUAGUGGACACUGUCACACACACAUUUACACACAAAUGACACUGACACACACACAGUUACACACAGAGGACACUGACACACAUAUUUACAAAUAAAGGAAACUGACACACACAAAUUUAGACAGAGAAAACUGACACGCACAUACAUUUACACACCCUCCACGACAGACACACUAUUAGUAAUUUGACCAACACUGACUGACACACUUACUAAUAUAGACACACACAUUCACAGACAGAUACACACAGUUACACACAGAGGACACUGAUACACGCAUUUACAUGCAGCACAGAGGACACUGACACAAGAACAUCUACACACAGGAUAAUGACACACACUCUCACUAAUUUGACACACAAUGACAGAAACACACACUCACUGAAAGACACAUACAUAUUCAUUCACAACACUCACAAAUACUUUUUUUUUAAUUUAAGUCCACCAAGGCCCCCCUACCUUUGGGAGAGCUGGAGUGGAUACUUUCCCUGGGGUCCAGUGUGGGGCUUGUGUAAUCUUUAUGCUCUUCUGGCACUGCUCACUUGAGCACUGUUUAGUAAUGUUGGAGUGACAUAAUAACCUGCCUCUCCUGGCAUCACUGCAGGCGCAUGAGGGAGCAUGUUGGAAGAUCAUGAAGAUUACAGCUACCGUGCCUCCUCUGCCUCCAUUCUCCCCCCCAGGCACUGUAGGCAGAGUAGGCACCUGCUGUCCAGGUAAGCAGGUGCCUACUCUAGCAUGGCGCACAGCUCACCACCUUCUGUGGGUGCUAGGGUGGCCAGCCAGCCACGUUUCCAUCCCCCCAGCCCCUCAAUGUGUCUCAUUCUCAGUUUUCUGAUUAAAAAUAUACCAGUGUGUGUGUGUGGGUGGCAGAUAAACAUGCAGAUAAACAGACAAACACACUGACAUACAUGCAGAUACACACAAUAUAACACAUACAGAUACGUACAUGGACACAAAUGCUGAUACAUAGACACACACUAACAAAUACAGAUACAAAUGCACAGAUACACAUGCAAAUACACAGACACACACACACUAACACACAUGCAGAUACAAACACAGAUUCACACACACUGACACACAUGAAGUUAAACAAACACACAGAAUGACACUCCUACUGACACACAUAUAGAUACGCAGACACACACUGACACACAUGCAGAUACACAGACACACUUAAUGACAAACAUUUAGAAACACAGAAUGAUAUUCAUACAGAUACACAUAUACACACAGACACAGAUACACACAUACACAUACAGACACACAGAUACACACAUGCAAAAUGAACAUGUAUUUCAUUUUUUUAGUCACCCUCCUGCCGUCACAUUGUGGGCAGGCUCCUGGUUACAGGGGUCGAUAGUGCGGCUGGGCCCCCUGCAGUUUUGGGCCAGGUCGCAGUUGCGACCCCUGUGACAGCGGUAGGUAUGCCACUGUACAUAGAUACUUAUUUUAGAGACUAUCAUUGUACUUCUUGCAAAAUAUAAAAGCUGGUACUAUAAGCCAAAUACUUAAUUCAUCUCUUUCUUAUAGAUGUCCCGUCCACUACCAUGGCAUCCAACAAUAAUCGAUGUUCAAAUGUUCACCAUUGGACAAUUAGCUGUGCUCGCUGUGCCUGGAGAGUUUACGUAUGUAUUGACUGAUAAUCAAUAUUCCACUUCUGUGUAUGUAGUAAUAACAAGAAAAUUUUAUUUGCAACAUGCUUAGGUAUGCUUAGUAGCUAACAACAUAAUGAGUCAAUAAAUGUGCUUAAUGCAUAUGAACAUGUAAGUCUGAACACCUUAUGAGUCUCAGUGGGUUCAUAUCUAAGUGUUUUACUGAGGAUUGUUAUAAACAUUGUCUUUCCAACAGAACCAUGUCUGGAAGAAGACUGAGAGAAGCUAUCAAGAAUGUAAGUUUGAUUCUAAUACAAAAUGUUAACACUAUUUCGAGAUUUUUAGGAGCUGGUUUUAUUCUUAUUUUGCAUUUCAUUUUUUUGCACAAGUGAGAAAUUGAAUUGUUUAGAACAGUGGUUUCCAACCAAGUCCUAAGGGUGGAUACCUUUAGGACUUGGUUGGAAACCACUGUUCUAAACAACAAUCCACCUUCUUUUGUUCUUUCCUUUGCUAGGCAAUAUCUUCAGACUGACGAUAUCUACAAACAACGAUCUGUAUUCCCAUGAGUCUGAUGUAUUUAAGAAUAUAUUUAGGGAUUUGUUCACUGUAAACAAUGAUAUUGAUGAAUUGAAAAUUCCCAACACUAUUUCCUUCUCAAUGGCAUCUACACACACAUAAAUAUACACACUGCAGACAGAUGUGUAACAUGAAUUGUCCGGGAGCAGGGAUGGAGACACGGCUGCUAGAACCUGUGUAGACUGUAUUGACUGGGCUUUUAUCCUGCAUAUCAUGGGUAUUAUUUUGAGGAAGGCUGGUAAAGACGAGGAUACAUUUUUGAGAGAGGAGGGGAGCAAAUGUCCCUAUUAAAACUGUGGGCAUCUCCAAUAUAUUUUAGGAGAUUUGAAAACAAAUGUUAUAUAAGAUUAAGAUCCAUACAAAUGGGUAUAAUGUGGCAGUAGGCCUAGUCAGCAAAGAUAAGUAUGUUGUUGAUUUAGUGCUUUAAUUUCCUGUUACAUUUCUUGUUAGGAAUUGGACCCAGAUAACACCCGAAACACAGAUGUGGUAAUCUCAGGACUGAGCAAUGUUUAUACACAUUACAUUACUACCUAUGAAGAAUAUCAGGUAAGUCAAUGUAAAAGUCACAUAUACACCUAACCUUGACAAGCACAACUUUCCAAUAAAGAGAAAAGGUGAGAUAGUGUAGAGCAGGGAUUCCCAAUUAAUUUUUCCUGCUGAACCCUUUCUCAUAGUGUAUCAACCCCUGUAAAAAAAAAAAUAAUAAUAAUAAUUUGCGCAGUUGCAUAAACCUUUAUUUUUUUUAUAUGUGCCGGUGUGUGUCAAGGUGUGUGUAUCUGUGUGUCAAUGUGUAUCUGUGAGUGUGUGUAUGUAUCUGACACACAGAUACACACACACACACUGGCACAUAAUAGCACACAGAUACACACACUGUGUAUAUAUGUGUGUGUGUGUCAAAGUGUGUGUAUCUGUCAAAGUGUGUGUAUCUGUGUUUGUAUGUGUCAGUGUGUAUCUGUGUGUGUGUGUAUUUGACAUACAGAUGCACACAUAGUGGCACACAGAUACACACACCUUGACACACAGUGUGUAUCUGUGUGUGUGUGUGUGUGUGUGUAUGUAUCUGUGUGUCAAAGUGUGUGUAUCUUUGUUUGUAUGUGCCGAUGUGUGUCAAGGUGUUUGUAUGUGCAUGAAUGUGUAUCUGUGUGUCAGUGUGUGUCUGUGUGUGCGUAUGCAUCUGAAACACUGAUACACACACUAGCACAUAGUGGCACACAGAUACACACUGACACACCGAUACACACACACUGGCACACGCAGUGACACCCGCAUACACACACACAAUAUAAAAUACAUCAUAGCCACCCUCCUGUUAACUUACCUUGUGUGUCCAGGAGGGUGGUUUGCUUGUAGUCCUGGUUGCUGCUGCGUGCUCACUCCAGCCUCUCCUCUGCCAUCCAUGCUGCUCACUCUCUGAGUGGCCGUCUCCUGCCUCCUUCCUCAUCCCUCCCUACCACGUGGCAGCAACUCUGUGAAGCUGGGAGGAAGUGCUUUCACUUCCUCACAGCCGGCCAUUACUACAGGGUCCCUUUAAGAGCACGACCGGGCCCCUGAUUUGCAAUAAAAUCACGGUGGCCAUUUUGUUUGGGGAAAUCAUGUCGGAACCCUAGGGUUCCGCAGAACACCAAUUGGGAAAUGCUGGUGUAGAGUAUUACCGGUCCUUAGAAUGUCCAGGCUUAUUGCAGUGCCAUGAAUAGUAGUUCUCUAUAAACAAGCAGAGAGUGACCUGGGACAGGCCGAGGUCCAUGGAGUACAGAAGGUUGAUAAUAAGUAAACAAGCUGAGGUGCCAAUGGCAGAAUUAAAGCAGAUAUAGCCAUGAGGUAGAUGCCAUGUUGCAGAGAGGGUUGUUGAAGGGUGGGUGCUUUGAGUAUUGAAAUCAAACCUGGAUAAUCCCUAAUAUGAACAGUCUCUCUUUAUAUAUGAUAUAUACACCAUAUUUGAUACUUUGUGUUAUCUCUUAUUGCAUUCUACUAACAAUAACAGUAAUGUUACACAAGAUGAGAGCUAAUAAGAAAGACAAUACUGAAGAAUACGGAUUGCUUAGUAGUUAAGGAACUUUUAGUACAAAAAUAUUGUUUACGUAAAACAGUACAUUAGAGAGAGCAGAAAAUAUUCCUUAUCACAUAGAGAGACACUGCCUCCCUUUUCCAUGCACAAACAGUCAUCACAGUGUGUAACAGCUGUCAUCACAUGGUUAAAUCAUUAAUAUAGCUCAUAGUAUAAACCUCUUUGACAAACAUAUGAUAAGAAAUCAAUGCAACAACAAAUGUUUUAUUUAUUACAGGCUCAAAGAUACGAAGCUGCAUCGACAAUUUUUGGUCCGCACACACUGUCUGCAUAUAUUCAGAAGUUCAAAGGCCUGGCCAAAGCAAUUGCUGAGGUAACUGAUAAUGGAGACGGAGUUGGUUUAUUUCCAAAAUAAAAAUGUUGAAGUGUGUCACUGUCAGGGUACAUUGGAUAGUUUGAAAAGAGCCAUAAUAGUGACAUCGCUGACUGAGGUCUAGUGGCUAAGGGAGGGGGGGUAGGUAAAGGGGCACUGCCGAAAUCUUCAUGUUUCUCCUCUUCUGCUCCUGGUUCUUCAGCUCCAGAAGUCGACGACGUCACUGCUGUACUCUUGCACAUGCACGAGAUUACAGCAGGAUCAUGGGAUCCUCCACAGAAAAAGCUAAUCUUCCGGCAGUUGUCACUGGUGCAAUAGAGCUUUCUGCUUUUUCAAGUGAUUGACCUCUUCCUCACUCUUCCUUAGUUCCACUUCCCUACUUUGGUACUUGUGUUAACACCUUCCACUGCACUAAAUCUGCUUAUUGGUAUCUAAGACACUGUGGAACUCAAAACCUGUACUGAAGAGCAAAAGUAUUUAAAAUCUAAUUUAAUAAUGGCGCCUUCAGAGGGUCCUUUAGACAGCUUUCUUUGUGCAGAUACGUAGUGUGUAGAAUAUCUCUCUUUGUCAAUUUAAAUUGCACCCAAAGAUAUAUUUACAUUAUCUCAGUAUUGUAAUUAAGGUGCUUAUUGUGCUGAGUUUUGCACAAUGGUAAUGCCACCCAGACUACCCUGUUUUGAAAAAUAUUGCAGUCCUGCAUCCACACACAGACAACAGCACAGACAUAUACAACCCCACAGUGAUAGAUACAAAACAAUGAAUAUACACAACAUGGCUACAGGCAUUUCAUGUGUGUGUUCAUACAGCCACUGUUGCUGGCCAGAUAUAGAUACAUAAGACUUUUCAGUGGGAGUAUUUUCUCUGGUGAUGCCCCUGGAACUGCCAAUGAUUUCUCAAACAGCCACAUUGUUAUAUAUUGCAUCAUGCAUGCCUUGUACUUCUUUAUAUUUUUUAUAUUAGUCAUUGCAACAUAAUACAGGUGUAUGGACAUUCCGUUUAUCAGAUUACAGGGGAAUAAUUGGUAUCUAAGACAAAUUGUUUUCUGGGUUACCAUACCCUUUGAUUUUGAAACUAUGUUAAAAACAUGUCAAGACGUUGUUACAUGCUACACCAUGCCGUGUGGACCUCUAUAAUCUCACCCGUUUACCAUGUUUUAUUCAGAUGUCCGUCACAAUCUAAAAGGAAUAAAAUAUAAUCUAAAGGAGCAUCACAGAUUCUCUUCUGUAAAACUUAUAAUACUAUUAAUUAGGACAGGACAUUUUCCUGAUGUACAGUGUAAGGGAAUUCAGGCAGAUUAGGACGUCGCUAUCAGUGAACGAAAUGGUUGAUGCCCAGCAAUUAUAACAUUUCAACUCCCAUGAUGCUUUGCCAGCUGGCUAGCCCUUUAUGCAUUUUCUCUAAUCCAUUGCUUAAUUUUAAUAAUUCAUGUCUGAUGUCGUUUCAGGACACUGUGGGUGAGUUACCUGUAGGACCAUCUCCGCCCUUUUUUAAUGAAUCUCAGUUAUUUAACCUUUUGCCUGCAGUCCUGCAGGAUAAAGCUCCUGGAAACACUUCUUUUGGAGAUGUCCUGGUGGAGGUUAAUCCAACUUACCGACCGGUGAGCACUGCGAUGGUAUAGGGCAAGUUAUAUUUUGCAGAGUUUUUAUAUGUACUAUUAUAGAGAAAGUGCAUUAUAGAUAGUCAGUGAUUACAAAUCAGAUAUACCAGUGAUAUGUACAAUUAUUGAAUAUGUCUACCGUAGAUUUUUGUUAUUGCAGAAGAUGUGCACAAAUGAUUUCUGCAAUUGUGGAGGAUAAACACUAUAGAUGUGUUAUUGGGGGUGCAUGCUAGAGAUGUACUGUUAGUUUUUAGAUACAGUGGAACCUCGGAACUCCAACGGUCAAAAAUUUUGAAGUCUGAAAAAAAUUUUGAGUAAAAAACGUACCCAAACAUACAACGGUAUUACUAAAAAACUGUUUACAUGGGGUAGGGAGCUCACAAAUUAAUUCCCCCAUAAACGUUACAAUGAGUUACAGCGUUCAUGGCCCUUAGAGUGCUCCUUUAAAAUCAAACUGUACUGAUGCAUCGAGAUGGAAUCUGCUAGAUUUUUGCUUUGUCCUAAUUAUAAUGAAACUUCGCAAAAAUGUGAAUCAGUAAGUUGCAUAAACUGGGUUUAAAAAAGCGGGUUCCACAAUUCAUUAUAGCCCAGUGUAACAAGCUGGAGCUGCGUCUUGUAGGAAAGGACUGCUAAAUACUAUUAUUGAGGAUGCAUAUUAGAGCUAUGUAGUCUCAUUGUGUACAUGGGAUAAAAGUAUAUGCUUUUUAGAUCAUACCUUUUUUAUGUGGGUUAAGCAGUACAUUCAUGUAAUAUGAGUCAGAUAUACAAAUGAACCAUGUUUUUGAUUAUAGUAAAAGUUGUAAAUCACUCGGUUUAAAUAACAAUGUAUAUACUAAAGUUAAACACAGAUAUAAGAUAUCAACUAUUAACUGAAAAAAAUGCAGCUAAGAUUUUGAACUUAAAUAACUAAAUGUAGUAGUUAAUUUUAGAGUUUGAGGCUUCCUUCCUAUAUAUUCCUAUGUAUAAAAAAACAAAUUCUAAGACUUUAUGGAAUUUAAAUAGGACUUUGCUACAGUCAUCAUAAAUCACCAGGUAGUGUUUUAUCCUGGGGUUAUAAACUGAAAAAGCAACUUAUGGAACCUAGAUCAUAAGCUGGACCCACACAGAGAGGGUUAAUUAUUCCACAUGGCCCUAGAAGGGUUUCUGAUUUGGGGCCCCCCUUCAUUCUUCACAUAAGGAUUAUAAUUGAGACCAAGCAAAUAUUGGUUCUGAGUCCCUCGUCUAACCCCUGGGUCCCAGGUGGCUGCCUGAGGUCACCUUAUGAUUAAUCUUGGUCUGGUUCCACAACUUGUGGAAACCUAAAUUAAUAUGUUGAAUCAGUAAGUUGCAUAAACUGAGUUUAAAAAAGAGGGCUCCACAAUUCAUUAUAGCCCAGUGAGGGUAAAACUCCUUGUAGAUUGCCCCUUGGCCCACAGAAAGUAGCAUGUCUGUUUUCUGAAGUUGGCUGUGGACUUCCAUACUUGUGCCACAUUUAUUGAAGAUAAUUUGCCUCCCAUUCUCUAAUGUUCCAUUGUGAAAAUAGUCACUUUCCAGUCAUGGAUGGCAUUUUAUUUGGGGAAAUGUCUUAGAUUUGCCUCAACAUGACUUUUGCAAGGAGCCUCUCCAGUGAUCUACUGACUGGUGCUCCUGCCCUCUUAAAGUUUCAAGUGCAGCUGCCAUUUAUGGCAGAUGUGUAUGGAAGAUAUUUGCUAUUAUGGAGGAUGUGUAGGAGAGCUUUAUUUCUUUGAGACAAGACUCUCAGCAUGAUGCAGAGCUCAUAUAAUGACACCUGUUUCUAAAAAAUAGUUUUUAAUUGGGGGAAUAACUACUCCCUCUGGCAUCUCCUGUGCUUCUAUAAUAGGUCUAUUUUUCUAUAUUUCUGCAAAAGUGCUCCCAGGAUUUUGUACAAUUUAGGUUUUGUGAGCUAGUCCGUUUAACACCUUGGGUUAAAAGCGUCACAUUAAAAUCAUAGUGUUUCACAUUUUGACAUGCUUUUUAAACCCCACGUAUGGAUUCUGAACCUAUUUAUCUCAGCCAUUACAGUUCAUUAAUUGCAUUGUGUAUCCUCACAGCUAGGAAACUAAACUCAACAUAGGAUCAUCUGUAGAUCAAAAUGCCUAAAUCUUUCCAUGCUCAGAGAAGUGGAUACAAAAUGUGAUACUUAAUGCGUAUAUAGCUGAAUAUAGCUAAUGAAUGAUAAUAAGCUUCUUAAAAUCGGGGAACAGGGGCACUAAACGACCUGUCAAACUGGCGGUCGUGGGCAUUAAAUUAGAGUGGUGGGAGUGGGGGCAGUGUAUUGGAGCAGGGGAGCAGUGUAUUAGAUUGGGGUAGGGGACAGUGUAGUAGAGUGUAGGGAGUGGGGGUAGUGUAUAAGAGUGGGGGAGGGCAGUGAAUUGAAUUGGAGGAAGAAAGGACAGUGUAUUAAAUUUGAAGGAGGGAGGGGACAGUGUAUUUAAUGAGAGUGGUGGGAGUGGGGGGGAAAUCAUUGGAUUGGCUGAGAUCAUAAAGUUCGAUGAUCUCAGCUAAAGUGAAGAACACACUCAUAGGACUUUAAAAUAAACAUGAUAACGUAAUUUGUUUACAUUCAUACAUUCUCCAUUUCAGUCCCAUUACCAAACGUUUCUUAAUAUGUCAAGGUAGUUGGACUGAAACAUUGGUUAUGUGCAAAUGCACGUCUCCUGGAAAUAAAUGUGCUCUUUUGUUUACUUUGAAGCCUUACGAGCGUGAGGACAUAAAGUGUCAGUGAGGUGACUUUUUUUUAUAUUGUACUUUUCUAUGAAAACUGAAGUUUUGGGGGUUUUUGCGGCCCACAUAAACCUAAGACUUGUUUAUUUGGCCCGUGCUAGCUUUUGAGAUUGACAUGCUUGUUCUAUGGAGAGAGCGGUAAAAUUACACCACAGGUAAAUGUAAAAAGUAUUUUAUGCAAGAAUUGGUGGCUAGGAAGAUUUAAAAUAAAGCGAGAUCUUUCAUUUUAGAUGAUGGAAGAGUGGAAGUGGGAUGGGCUGGGGAGGAGAAAGAAGGGUUUUAACAGUUUAAGUGAUAUGCUUUUUGAAGAUGUGAGUUUCAGUGAUGUUUUAAGUUAAUGGAGACUGGGAGAGUGUCUAAUGGAGUAUUUUAGGAAAGGUGCAGGCCAAGAACAAUCCAAUAAGAAUUAGAAGACAUAAUAUGAGCAGAAACAAAUUGAAUAAGGAGCAAAAAAAACUGAAUAUAAAGUCGUCAUAUGUUAUAAAGCAACAGCUAGAACAAUUCUGGAUGUGUAUGCAAACGCCAAAUGCGUAAUAUAUGAACAGCAAAGUCUAUAACAUAGGUAGUUGGAUGAGAUACCAAUACACUCUAACCCCAGCAGUUCUGGUAUGCUUAUUUUUUUUUCUAUAUGCAUUUAUAUUUGUGGGGUUAAAGUGUAUUGGUAUCUCAUCCAACUACCUAUGUUUUAGACUUUGCUGUUCAUAUAUUACGCAUUUGGCGUUUGCAUACACAUCCAGAAUUGUUCUGGCUGUUGCUUUAUAACAUGAUAUGACUUUAUAUUCUGGUUUUUCAUGUAAUGAGAUACUCUAUUAGUGUGUUCCCUCUGAAUAAAGAUACUUUUCUGUAUGUAAACAUUUAUGGUUGUGCUCUUUAUUCAAUUGGUUUUUGUAUGUAUUUGGGCUUUUGGGAAUAGAGUCUUAUGUAAGUGAGCACCCUAUAUUUAAUUUCUUUAGAGAGCUCCAUUUGGGGCCAGUCUGUAUUUAAUAUUGGAGUGUGCCUACCUUGGUUCAUUUUUUACUAUAAUAUGAGCAGAAGACAGAUGCAGAUCACCUUUAAACCACUGGAUCUCAAAACAAUAAUCCAGAAGAAGUUUGUGUCCCAAAAUCGAGUUGGUGAUUGCCUUUUCUUUUGCCCAAAUCUUUAUACUUUACAUUAAGCUAUUUCUAAUUAGAAUUCUAUAUAUCUUCCAGGAGAACGAAAUGUAAUAUCCACAUGCUCAUGGUACCAUUAAGUUGUUUUCAAUGCUCUGUUGUUAUAGACAAUGUAAGAAGUAUCUUAGAGAGUUGACUAUUAAAUUGUAUAAUAUGAUAUCCACAGGGAGAAAUUGCCUCAGUAACAUUUGUCACUGGAAAUCCAAGGAAUUCUGUUAAUUUUAUGGUAAGUAUGACUUCACACACUACUACUACUAACAAUUGUUCAGAUUCCCAAUACUUGCACUGGUCAUUUUUGGAUUGAGCUGUGAACCUGAGAAGAUGUGAAUAGGUGCAAAUAUGUCCCUAACCCUAACUAUAGCUGUAAUUUAUCUCAAAGUAUAAGCCUGAAAACAUGCAUGUGGUAUACCUUCAAGCUUUAUAUUAUGUGACUAGCUAUAUAAAAAGUCUUUUUUUUUUUUAUUCUUUAUUUUCAUUGUGCAGGUGGGUACAUGUCAGUUUCCAACGCCACAACAGCGUAUUUACAUAUGUCUAUACAUGCUUAACAGUGGCAAGAGUACGUGCACAUUUUUGAAAUAUAUAAGCAAGAACAAUAUAACAGGCUGAACCAUAGUGGAAUGCUACUGCAGUGUAGAUUCUGGUGUGUGUGAGCCAAGUUGCAUUGCGGUAUACUACUGCAGUGUUAGAAGUGCUGGGACAAGCUAGUCUGCUUGAGAGUCUAGGCAGGUGCUUUAAACAUGAGGAACAGCAGAUCUAGGGGGUAGUAGUGAAGUAUUUUAAGUAAAUGAGCGGGCGGGUAGGCUACUCCGGAUGGUUAAUUCAGUUAGCCCCUUUGUUCAUAACUAUGUUGGACAUAUCGACACAGGACUCCUAGCUUCAGCAUCCUUAGAGUCAUUGUGGAGGUCAAAGGGGAAGGGCUAGAAAAUAAUUACAGCGCAAGAAGAAUCACUGAGUUCUCUGAGAGUUCUGUCUAAAUGUAUGUAGAUGUCAGGGCAGUGGCGACCUGAUCAAAGACAGGUUUAAUAUCAAUCACUACGUGACCUGCCUGUAUGGCAUUAAGUCAUCUAACGGUGAGUGGGUGCUGCGUGCCGAGUGGCCAGGCUAAAUAUCAUGCGCUGCCUCUCUAUACAUGCGACAUGCAAAGAACAAUUCUGAACAAACUAACCAAAACUAGGGGCGGAGCCUAGCCACCAGAGAGAGAAGUCGCACGACACUGCAGCUCCGACCCAAAAGCGGACAAAAUCGUAAUUUUUAGGGUCACCCCCGGCCAUAACGAGCCCCCAGACGUCGGACCCACACACCUAACAACUAUGGGACGCAAAACCAAAAAACCCAAGCAGGAUCAACCUCACCUUGGGAUGAAUAUCAGAGAAAUGUGGCGCCUAGCACAUGGCGCGGCCGGGCCCAAGAUGGCCGACCUGUCGGGCGGUUGCUUCGAUUUUUCGGAUGACCUGGCUUCCGAAGAGGAAGAGACGCCUGAACUCACGCCGGCUAAACCCCCACCGACGAAACCGGACACAUCCCCGGUCACACUAUCGGCGCUCAAGGGUCUCCUUGCCGACCUACAGACCACCCUGCAGGCUGACAUUGCCACAAUCAGGGGAGGGCUGCAAGGACUGACAGGCCGAAUUGACAAGCUGGAAACCACCACUCACCAGGACUCUCAGCGUAUACAGGUGCUGGAGAAAGCGGUGCAAGACCUCCAGCGGCAGAACCAGACCCACGAAUGCCGCUUUGCAAAUCUAGAAGACCUACGGCGGAGGAAUAAUUUGAAGCUCCGGGGGGUACCUGAUGCUGUCCCUGAAGCGGAGCUGCCACACCUGGUGCGGAGAAUGACGGGGGACCUCCUACCACAAAAACAGGCGAAAGCAACACCCCUGGACGGGCUUUUUAGAAUCCCCAAACCAGCUAGAGCCCCACCGUCGACAUCAAGUGACCUGAUAAUUCAAUUCAGGCACGGAACAGACAAGGCGGCGAUCCUGAAGGCAAUCAGGGGUAGGCCAAACUAUCGUUUUGAAAACAUGGCACUGGAAUUCUAUAAUGACCUGUCCGGCAGCACGAUGGCCUGGCGGAGGUCGCUCAAGCCCCUCACAUCCAUGCUCCAACAGCGAAACAUCGAGUACCGCUGGCGAAUGCCCCGCACGCUUCAGAUCAUACAUGGAGAGACCACAUACCAAAUCCAAGACCUACGAGAGGCAGACACACUCCUGAGGGAUCUGGGACUGCCGCAGGACAUUCUAAUCAACCCUCAGCAACAACCUGAACCCAGACACAAGCAUACCUGGAAUCCAAGCAAAAUUACCCCGUUCACACCUCGACGAAACACAGGGGAACUGUAUGCUGCAGCGACCACAUGAAACAACGAGAGACGCUCUGACCGAGACCGAGGGUGACUGAAACGACCCUCAAGCUACUUCACUUUGUGACUUUAAGUUAAUUUGAGUUCUUAUUCUUAUUAUAUAUAAAAAAAAAUUUUUUUUUUUUUUUUUCUCUCUCCUUAAAGUUAUAGCAAGGUGAUUGAAAUAUCUUUCUCCAUUUGUGUAUGACCCAACUAUCUCACGCUUUACGCCGAGAUGGAGCUGGCAGUGACCCCAGCCAUUCAUAAUAAGUAGCAUGCAGUAUGAUAUGCCACGACUCACUGCAACAGAUAGCGCUACAAAUGCAGUCACAGAAUAUCCUGCACACCCUCUGCACACAAUCCUGUACAUAGUUUAACUGUGGUUUAGCAGUAUUUAUAUAAAGGUCACACAGGAAUGUAAGACGCCCUGCCUGGUGGCACCCUGUAUUAAAGGAAAAUUUUAGGUAUGAUAAAACCUUCAUGGCAUUACCAGUUCCCCGGUAGUCAGCAUUGCUCACCCUAACAUAAUCUGCAACACAAUCCUUCUGUGCUACCUACUACGUGUCAUGACUACUCGAUCCAGCAGUUGCUACAUUACAGAUAUGCCUCUCACUUAUACACCAUUAAGCAUAACCAAGACGAGGCCUAGAUAGUAUAGCGAUGACACGCUACGUAAAUAUUAAGCCACUGUUAUCAUCAGAUAAAGUAAAGCAAUAAGACAGACGUAGUUGCAUAGCUACAACUUUGCUACCUUUCAUCUAUUAUCUAUCAAACUGAAAGAAAGCGGCCAAAAAUGAUCUAAAUGCAGAUAUAUAUAUACUCACCCACUGCUUAAUGUAACGUAUUCACUAUGUUGUAAGCUUUAGCCUGUUGAAAUUUCAAGAUGUUACUACAUUGUCUAAACCUGUUUAAACACCACCAAGUUAUCGAGUCUGACUGACAAGCUUCAUAAUCAUUUAACAUAUAAAAUGUGCACGUAUUAACAUGUACCCUAUUGUUACCAUUAUUACUUGAAAGCAUGAGGAAUGCCGUUGGGGUACCGCAUGCUCAUUGUUAUACCUCUACGCACUACAAAAAUAAAGAAUUUAAAAAAAAAAAAACUAACCAAAACUAAAAAUUAAACACACUUGUAACAUGAGCCGUAAGGUUUCUGGAAUUGUAGUUAUAGAUACGUCUAUACAUGUUAGUCUAGCGACACACUGCGGUAUAUAAAUCUACAUUUAUCAUGGCAACAGACGCGAUAUACAUGGCAGAGUGUUAGUGGUAAGUGAUCACGAUCUAGUCCAGACAGGCAAAAACCGGAUGCUCCGCUGAGUUAUCGUGGGAGAUACAAAAAGGCAAACAAUAGAAAAAGGAAAAGUCUCUGUUAACAAAAGCUUGUGGACUUCGGCUAUUCCCCCCUUCCCUUCCUUGCGGUCAUCCGACCUUUAUCUCGGCUGGGCUAUAGGCCUGCAUGUGCAGAUAGUUUGUGCCAUGUUGCCAGAGUUCUGUCAGGUGCAGCGUAAACCGGCACAGUCCCAAAGUUUGCCAGGGAUGUCCAACAAACUGAGCCUUGAGUGCAAGGUUGCCCAUGUGUGUUGGAUUUGGUUGUCCAAUGAUAUCAUCUGUCUGAAGACCUCUGACUAGUCCGCUAGUGUGUGUCUGCGGGAGUCAGUCAUGUUGGUGAGGGUAGUUGCUAUCCAGACUGGCCGUGGUGAUGAGCGUGAGUCGCUGCAAUCAGGGGCUACAAAUAACGUGUGGUAUAAGUGUCUCAGAAGUGUCUGCUGGGGUGACUUACAUUCAGCGUCCAAAGAUUGUAUAGUCCCAGGGGUGCCGUGUCUAGGUGGUGACCGCGGCAUAGGAUUCAGGGGUUGAACCUCUCGGGAUAAACAAGUUGAUUUUUGCUGGGUCCCAGGUCUGCGCUGGGGUGGUCAGGUGAAGAAGCCUUUCCUGAUUGAGCGAGGUCAUAUAAAUAGUCUUUUAACUGGUGCUAUGUUGUUCUUGCAUGACAGGUGCACUUGAAAGUUAAACAAAAUAGAAUCUAUAUAUUCAGCUCAGGAGAAAAUGGUCAUUAGUUCAGAGAACAGGAAAAAUCCACAAAGUAACUGCUGAGAGCACUUCUGUUUUUAGAUUCUGUUAUGGCAUUAUUUAUAAAAAGAGAAAUAUGUUAAGAAUCACUAUAGCUAAUAUAAUAUGCUAUAGCAAUUAUAAUAAGUGCAAGAGUUUAUCCCGACUUAUGACUUGGGAUGAGUAGAACUGCAUUUUAAACUGAGUGGAGCCAUAGUGCAGCUGCUUUCACUAUACCCAUAGCCUGGUUUGCUGUGAUCCGGUCCAUGUGCAGCUAUUGAAAGGGAUGUAGUCAUCGAUUUUCGCUCUCUCCUCCUUUCUCCAAAUCAUCGUGGCUCUAAGUCACUCUCACAGGAUAGGCAUCAUGUGUUCCAUACAGCAUCAACUGUGCAAUAUUAUGAGCAAAAAUUUCUGUUCUCAUCAUAACGAGAGCAGGCCACAUGACUCCUCUAAUGAGCCUGAUGGCUGCAGCACUGUAGCUUAAGUGGCCAAAAGUCAAUGACCGGAUUGUGAAGCCAUCCCUAAAAUACUGAGGUCUUGAAUAGUGUUCCUUCUGGACUUGCUUUGUGAGCAAUCCAUAUUUCUAUUACAGUGGCUCCUUGAUAUUUGUAUCCCAUAACUUGUAUUGCACACACACAUGCACUUUCCUUAUCCCUAUACUUAUACCUAUGCAACAUGCAUGUGGUGUUUCCCUUCUUAACUGGGUCAUGUUGACACGAGAGAGCUGGUAACUUUUGACUUUGGGGCAGAUACAAAUAAAGGGCCUAUUUAUAUGACAGGCAAUACCUGAGAUUGACAGAUUGACAGAUGGACAUUGCUAGGGUUGGGAAAUGAAGGGAUGCCUUAUCCCCCAAGUUUUGAUGGACAUGUAUCACUUAUAUAAAGGAAGGGCUGCCUUGUAGAAUGUAGAAGAGGCAGGGAGUAAAUCUGGAAUUGCAGCAAGUCCAUGUACUGUCAGUCAAUAUGAUAGAAUUAUUUGUGUUUAUUGAAACAUGUCGGAUAUGGCAACUUUGGCAAGGUGUGACGGUAGAUAUCCGUGCACCCUUUUAUGCCCAAAAUACAUGUUUCUCACAAUUCCAUUGCCACUAACCUUUUUUUUUUCUCUCAAUUAAAUGUAGUCAACAUCCAACACAUAUAAUUAAUAUAUUUUUCAGGCUAACCAAUCAUAUUUGGCAGUGGAAAAAUAUGAACCUCUAACUGGAAAAUGGAAUGUAGUACAUAAUGAUGCCUCCUGGGAGACCAGGUGAGUUAUUCAUGAUCAGUAGCACACAGUUGGUGGAAUCGUGUGUGUGUGUGUUUGUGUGUGUGUGUGUGUACAGUGGAGUACUUACCUGGGGAAAGGGGGCUAUCGACCCCAUGUGACAUGGCGUAAAGCAUUACACAGAGAAGCCCUCCUGUCACCAGAGCAGGCUCCUGCAGUUGCCAUGACAUAUGCCUACACUACACUGUAGAUUCUGGCUUGGGGCAGACACUACAGGCUGCAGUGGAGCUGCUGGAAUCUAUCUGUAUUUCCCCUGCACAGUUCAUCGCCAUGUACUAUUGUCAGGAGAAGUAACAUUAACCCAACCGUGGCAUCAGCACAGAGCUGCAGGAAGCUGUUCAGUCAGUGCACAGACUGAUCCCAGCAGCAAUAAUUAAAAAUGAAAUGUAUGUGUGUGUAUGAAUGUGAGUGUGUGCAUACGAAUAUAAGUGUGUACGUGAGUGGAUUUUAAUAUAUGUGUGUGUAUGUGUCUUAAUUUGAGUAUAGGUAUAUUAAUGUAUGUGAAUAUAAAUGUUAGUGUGUGUGUGUGUGUGUGCAUAUGAACGUAGGCAUGUGUCUGCAUUAAUGUAUAUAAAUAUGUAUGAUAAAUAUAUAUGUAUAUGUUAAAGGUGAUUCAAGUAGGUAUUUUUAUGCAUAUGUCUUCUAGUAUAAAAAUGGGCUCAACAAAGAACCCUUUUUUGCCUCAUAAUUCCACUUUACAUGGAUUCCUUGGAGUAUGUGUCUGCUGUAUACAAUAGAUUUGAAACACAACUCAGGAAGAGGAGCAAUGCCAGUGAACCACUCAUGGACAGCGGUUUUACUGUUAAAGGGAGAUUUCUGUGGGAAAAGCAAGUAUUAUGGCUUGACUGGUGUGUGUAUUUGUCUUGAGCAAUGUAUUAACUAUCCACUUACUUCAGGUGGAAGGGGUUUUCAGCUACACUUUUUUUUCCCCCACAACUCUGUUCGUAUGUAUUUUACAACUAAUGUCAAGCCUCCAUUGCAAGCCAGUAACCAACCUCAUGCUGAUGAGUUGAAUUAACAACGAAACAGCUGUCCAUGAGUGGUUCACUGGCUGUGCUCCUCUUCCUGAGUUGUGUCACUCUCACAGGAUAGACAUCAUGUAUUUCAUACUCCAAGGAAUCCAUGUAUAAAGUGGAAUUAUGAGGCAAAAAUGUGGUUCUUUGUUGAGCUCAUUUGCAUACACCUACCCAGAAUCCCGUGCAGUAGUGAGAGCACUGUUAAAGUGAAAUUUCUUUGGGAAAAGCAAGUCUUAUGGCUUGACUGGUGUGUGCAUUUGUGUUUAGCAAAAUAUUAACUACCCACUUACUUCAGGUGGAAGGGGUUUUCAUCCACACUUUUUUCCCCCAUCACAACUCUGUUGGUAUGUACUCUGCUAGUAUAAAUAACUUUCAGUGAUAUCCUUCUAUCACCCAAAAAUCUGAAUAUGAAAUCUGAUGUUACAAAAUAAGAAUUAUAUAUAUUUUUAUUCUAUACACAAUGUAAACAGCAAUACAUACGUUAAAACUUCACAGAUGGUACUGCUUAAUGAUGUUAUAGCGAAAAGGAGCUCCUUCAUGGAUUGUAAGUGCCUUUGUCCAAAAACCCAGAGGAACAUAAUGUUGCCCUCUGUCUACAGUUCUUUUAUAGACAUGACUAUAAUGCCUUUAGAGCAAAAGAAAUGAUCCAGGCACUCAAGUAUGACUAAAUGACAGUUUUAAUGAAGACCAGCGCCUAUAACAAACAGCAGCAACAUUUCUACCGCCAAAUAAACUCUUUAUAACGGUCGAAACAUUGCUGUUGCUUGUUAUAGGCACUGUUCUUCACUACAACUGCCAUUUAGUCUUUCUUGAGUGCCUUGACUAUUUCUGUUGUUCGACGUGUGUAUGGUUUGCCAGACUUGUUCUGGAGUGAAACCUUGUAUUGAUGCCUUUGAAGAGUGCAGAUUCCUUCUACCUUAAAACUUUAAUGAUGUCAGAACUUUAACCCCUUAAGGACACAUGACAUGUGUGACAUGUCAUGAUUCCCUUUUUUUCCAGAAGUUUGGUCCUUAAAGGGUUAAGAUAAAAUUCUGGCCGUAUAAAGACACAUAUGAAGGUCCUCACUCCUCUUACUAUACUUUUCACUCACAUUCCAGACUUCUCAAUGUACAGAAUGGAAAAUUGAGAUCUUUUUAAGACACUAGUCAUCCUCACUUAAUAUGCAUAGGAACACAGAAUUUGUAAUAUGUUACAAUAUAAUGUGAGUGCACGUGUCUGUAAUUUCCCCAACAUGAGGGUGUUAGGGGCAUUGCAACUUGGGUGCCAGAUAACCUAGGUACACCUUUGUGUAUUCGUCCCAUGUUUUGUUUAUUUUUGUUCUCUCGUGUUCUGUUUGACUCUAACGCUGAAUCCAUUACAGCAACCAGGCAAAGCUUUAAUGGUCAAGUCGCUCACUGAUAUACAUGGAGGGGAAAUUGGUUAAAUAUGUAAUAUUUUGUAUAAAUGUGAAUAUGAAAUCAAAGACAUCACUAGAUAUGUUGAGCACACUAUAGUCUUAUAUCUUAUAAAGCUAGCAUAGCUAGUGAACUAAAAUUGUGGUCAGUCAAGCAAUAAAAAGGUUAUAAAACAAAUAAUGGUCAAGUACCUGGCAGAGGAACACUGUGGCAAGAGGUCUGCGACAUUAGCCUUGACAUUAGUAAACCUGGACUGCACUGAUCCAGGUACAUCAGUGGCAGCUACACACUGAGUAUUCCUAAUCUUGAGAACACCCAAGAUGUGUGAUCAUUUGGAAAAUUGUCCUAAAAAUCUAAAAAGUCAUGUCACAUAGCUGAAAAGAGACAUGUGUCCACCAAGUUCAAAAGAAGGCAAAAAAAACAGGUGUUAGGUGUAUGAAACCCUAAAUGAAAUACUUGAGAGUAAGCAAAAUAAUAAACAAAGUCCAGGGCAAACAAAUCCAGCAAGGGCAAGGCAAGGUCAGGCAGUCCAAUAGUCAAAAAUCCAGGCAGCAAGUAUUAGAAACAGAAGGGCAGGCUAAAGGAGAUCAGCUUUAACACAGGUAACUUGUAGGGUAGUAGCACAGAACAACUGAUCAAUGAAGGUUCAGCUGUUCAGAGUUUAAAAAAGGUGCCAAAUGUAAGGCACACCUAUUCUGACAUGCCUCCAUAACACCUUAUUGGUGCAUGGAACGGUCAGUUUAGCAGGGUUGCCAUGGGAGCUAAAUCAUGCAUAAUUAGUUCCAGCCCAGAGGGCUGUCCUGCAGCAUGGAACAAUUGUGCACCUCUCGCAAGCAUCUAUCGUUGCCUAGGAGACAUGACGCAAUCAGUGUUUGGCGCUCAUGGCCCAUCCCUUGCAUUCGGCAUGCGUGCGUUCGGGCGGCCCCGGCUCUGAGGUGCUGCCGGAGCAACGAGGGAACUGAAGUGAGUCUUGACAGGCAGUCAGAGAUAUCCUUGGACCAAGAAGCUAUAACCGCAAAAAAUUUAAAUUAUAUCCCUAAAUAUUGUUUUUGCAAGUAUUCACCCAAUUGCUUUUUAAUCAUCUGUAUAGACUCUGAUAAAACCACUUCUUCAGGUAGAUCACAUCCACUUCAACACCCUGAUCUAUACUUCUUCAUAGAACGCAGUUAGGUUAGUUUGACAUGACCUAUGUUUCAUAAAACCAUGCUGAUUAUUCCUAAUAACAAAGUUCUUCCCAAUGAAUUCAUGAAUAUUAUCCCUUAACAACCCUUCAAAUACUUUCCCAGCCACAGAAGUUAAGCUCACAUGACUAUAAUUUACAGGCAAAUAUUGUGAACCCUUUUUGAAUAUAAGGACCACAUCUGCCUUCCUCCAUUCCUCCAGGCAUUUUUUUUUGUUAUAAAUGCUCAGAUGGCAUUAUUCCAUGACAUAAUCAAUGAGUAAGCAAAUCAUUCAUUCUGAUUGCCCAUCUCCGACCCCAUCAUCAGCCUUCCUUUCAAACCAUUGUCAUUUUUCUAGCUCCUUAUCUGUUGUCCCAUCUAAACCCACCUCCAUAUGAUGCUCAAGAGUGUAAUUUUCUUUCUUUUUUAAGAUAUUACUGGCAUAAAGGAACUGGAAACCAGAGCAAUGGGACAGUUGAAUGGCAUAUACCUCUAUCAGUUCAACCUGGAACCUACAGAAUUCGGCACAAUAGCCACUACAAAGAGAGAUUACUUCCUGAAACUAUUAAAGCUUAUGAGGGUAUUUCUUCUGACUUUGAAGUAAUAAAUCCAUACCUCAGAUGAAAACCAAACAGACACAUGUACAUGUUUGUAGAGCAGUUCUUUGUGAAUUAUUCAGGUGAACAUCAGUCACUUAAAAAGCAUUUUUACUUUGUAAAUUUCACACAUGCAUCCAUGGAUCAAGGAAUAUUUUGAUGUUUUUAAUUCCUGUUAAGGAAGAAAACCAGCCUUUUUGAAUUAAGUAUAUAAAUUACCUGCUUUGUAAAAAUGCUAAAAUUAUCAAUUUCUCUAAAUAUUGUACCAUUAGUAUGUAUAUGUUAUAAAGUGUUUUGUUGUGUGAUAAAUGAAAAUUAAAAAAUUCCUAUAGAAAAUAUAAUCUUAUGUUAUCGAGUGUUGGUAAGAGAUAUGCCCAUGCAAACGAUUAGCUAGGAAAUCAAAC